GCGAGAGGGAGCCACAGAGCCAGGCGCAGCAGGAAGGCGGAUCCCUGGAUCUCCUGGCCAGGCGAUCUCCUCCGGCCAGCCUCCUCUCUCUCUUUUUGGCUAGAGCUGCCAGCCUCCGCCUACCCCCCCCCCCCCCAGUUCCGGCCAAACUCCGCUCCCCUUCCCCGGCGCGCUUCGCUUUCCUCCGCCCUCCUCGCCGCGCUUUCCUCGGGGACUCCUCGCUCGGCGCUCCAGCCAUGCACUGCCAAGCCGAAGCUCGGCUGGCUCCCCCGGGGCCGCUGAAAGCAGCCAGGCGGCGCUACAAGACUUUCAUGAUCGACGAGAUCCUGUCCAAGGAGACGUGUGAUUACUUCGAGAAGCUCUCGCUCUACUCCGUCUGCCCGGCGUCGCUCAUCGUCCGGCCAAAACCCCUCCACUCCUGCUCCGGUAAGAACCGCUGCCGGGAUUCGCCCUCGCCGCCUGCCAAGCGGACCCUUUGCUUUGCCCUCUCCAGGCGAAGGAAGUGGUAGAAAAGUUUGAGGAGGAAGGGGAAGCCUUCUUUGAUGAGAUUCACAUUUAUCACUCCUGUUGCUAUUGGGGUUUACACCAUUUUUACAACAUAUAAUUAGCAUAUUAUAAAUUAUAAUUAUAUGUAUUUUUACAUAAAAAUUACAUUUUUUCUUUCUUUUUUUUUUAAAAAAAAGUAUUUAAAAGGAAAACCAAACUUAUCAAGACAUGAAGUGAUAGAUAUAGCUCUAUGUUGUAAACUGCCCUGUGAUCUCUGGAUGAACGAGUGGUAUAUAAAAUUAAUAAAUAACAAUAACUAAGAAUUAAAGUUGACCUACCCCUUCCUCACCUGGGAGUAAGCCUUGCUGCAUUCAAUAGCUAGGAUUGUGCUGGUGAGGACAGCACUGUGUACCAGAAAAUAAAUAAUUGGAAGCUACUUUGAGCAACGCAAACCCCUUGGAAAGGUGGAAUAAAGAACACUUGGAAUAAAAUAAAUUAAAUUCAUGUUCAAAGUCAGUGAAACCUGCUUUGAUAUGUCCAUAGCUGUCAACUUUUCCCUUUUCUUGCGAGGAAUCCUAUAUCGGAAUAAGGGAAUUUCCCUUUAAAAAAGGGAAACGUUGACAGCUAUGGAUAUGUCCUGCUGGUGAGGAAGAAACAACAUGUUGUGUCCACAACUUUUCCAAGCAUGAGCAACCCCCACCCUUGAAAAAUCAGCGCAAUCGGUCAGAUUGGAGUUAGGAUAAUUCCACCAGUUAGGGACUGGCAACUGGAGACCCCAGGCUGAAUCUGGCCCUCUAUGAAAAAGUGCCAAUCACUUCCCUGACCCAACAUGCUGUUGGUGACCCAGGUGUGUGGAGGGCCCAGUGGCUGGUGGGCAAUAGGAUUUACCGGCGGUUCAUGGUGGAAGAUGAGGAUCAGGGCCUCACCACCAUCUCCAAAGUUUCAUAGAAUCGCAGAAUUGUAGAGUUGGAAGGGACCUUGAGGAUCAUCAAGUUCUAGUCCAACCCCCCCACAGUGCAGGAAUACGCAGUUGUCCCAUAUGGGGAUUGAACCUGCAACCUUGGCGUUAUCAGCGCCAUGCUCUAACCAACUGAGCCAUGUAGUCCCAUAGAAUUCUUUCCAGAGCAGGGCCAUAUGACAAUCCGAUUAUUUUGGAGAAGGCAAUUUCUGAGUGGGCAAACACUCAAUUCCAGUUUGAGUUUCUGUCCUCAAAGCAGAGAGCUGCUCUGUUGACACCUCCUGCUUAUUCCAGUGGUGCCCUUGAAAAAAAGGGUUUCGUGACAGUGUGUGUGGUGGUGCCACUGUCACCACCAACAGUAAGGGUCUAAACCUCCCGUUCUGCCUCCCCUUAGCACACAGCUAUCCUCUUGGUCUAGCAAUGUCAGAAAUGAUGGUAUUAAUUUUGGGAAGCAGGUGGACUUUGCAAGCAUGAACAAGGAGAGUGAGAAUCUGCUCCAGUGCUCGUAGGAACAUGCAGAGAGCUACCUUAGACCCAGCCAGAUCACUGCUCCAUCUAGAUCAGUAUUGUCUACACCGACAGGCAGUGGCUCUCUGGUUUUUCAGGCAGGAAUUUUAACACCCCCCCAAAGUCCUUCCUGGAAAUGCCAGUGUUUGAGCCUGGUACCUUCUGCAUCCGGAACAGGUGUUCUACUUUUGCACUAAGGUCCUUUGUAAUUAUCAGGAUUGGUUAAAAUGCAUUAGUUAGUUGUUUUGUUGUUUGGUUUGGUUUUUUUUGAAAUUGCAAAGAAAAAAGUGGGAGAAAGAUGGAUUCCUCCUCUCCCCCAAUUUCUUCAUUUAAAGCUGAAAGGUGACAUGAGGUUGAUUUUAAGCCAUGCUGAUUAUUGUGAGUGUGGAAAUGGAAUGCUGGCCGUGAUUCUGGGUUAAUCGGGAAUAAAACGAUGGUGGUCUGGAUGCCUGUGUAUGUGUAUAUCGGAUGGAGCUUUCCAUUUGAGCUGAAUAAGAGUGUAGAUAAACUCUGAACUAGGAGGAGCUGAUGAGUUUAUCAGAAGAGUCCAAUAGCUUUGCUCUGGCGUAGGCAAGGUGUGUUUCUCCCCCUCCACUAAACAGUUUCUUUUCUGGUUUUUAAACACUCUUUGGUAGAAACUGGAUCUGUCUCCCCGCCAAACUCUUUAUUUGUGUACGAUUUGGAGAAAAGGACUCUUGCUGGGUUGUACUGACCCAGAAAGGUGCUUAUUUCUAUUCUGUGGGACUGCAUAUACUCCUCGCCUUCCAAUUGAAGUUCAAGCAUUUCUUUCCACUUGCUUCUCCUUGCUUGGCAGAUAAGUUACGGUGCAAUGAGUGGAGAUAGAUCAGGAUGCCCUGAGUUCAAAUUCUGGACCUCGUCUGGUAACCUUGGGCAAGUUGCUUUCUCUCAUGCUAAAUCUACUUUGUCUGUUUGUUGCGGGAUAAAAUAAGUAACGCUCAACUGGAGCUUUGGAGGAAGGAUGGGAAAGCAUGUACGAGGUGAGGAGUCCCAUUGUCCUCCAUGGUGUAAUCUAAUUACAAGACUAUUGCUUCAGUCUAUUUCCUUGUUAGGAAACAGGCUCAGAUGCGAUCCCUGGGCAUUGACUUUUGGUAGAGAAGGUUCGUUGCAAAGUGUCUGUACGUGUUCUGUUCUUGUGGUUUCCACCUGCAAUAUCUUGUAAGUAGAAUGGGCACUCCAUGGAUUAAAAAUUGCCCCAUAGAAAUUCAUCAAUUAUCUGUGCAAGCAGUGAACGGUAAAAUUGCACUUGCAGAUGGUUCUGGGUUGACAAUCGGCAUCAGAACCCAAAUCCAUGCUGGUGAUGCACGAGUAUGAAAAUGCUUCAGUCAUUCAGGAUUUGUGAAUUAUAUGAAAUAAGGAACUGGAGAAGAGUUGAUCAAAAAUCUUUCAGACCCUUUUUUCGCCACAAAAUAUAAAUCAAAAUGUGCCUUGAGGAGUUUAACUUGGCUGAGACACCUGUGUCAUUUUUUGAUAAAGGGCUCUAGAAAGGAAGGAAGGAAGGGAUUUUACUUGGAGUAAAACAUACCUAUCGCACAACCUACAGCCAUUCCUCUGUGACUCGCCUGGAGUUUCCGCUGAAGUUAAGCACAGUUGCCCAAUGAACGUGUGAUGUGAGAUAAGCUGUUGCUCAUUGGAUUCUCCCAUAGGUAUUGGGCACUUAGCUUCACCUGUGACAAUGCUCCAUUUGAUGAAAUUUAAUAGGCUGGUGUAUUUUCUCCCAGGGUGAUAGACUUCCCCUGCCUUGCUUGGGAUAAAACAACUGGAUUUUUGAUGUCCAACAAAUCAUUUUUAUAAUAGUUAAAAGGAGACAAGUCAGUGGGCACCUAUAUCACCGUUUCAGAUUUGAUAGUCAUAUUAUGCUUUCUUUUCUUUUCUUUUCUUUUUUACAACUGAAAUAAUUAAGAAAUUCUCAUUGAAAUCCAAUAACCAAAGAAACAAGCGCCCUAUAAGAUGUCAUGCACAUCCGUAGUGCCACAGCUGUUAUUAGUGGUAUAAAUGCAGAGAAACGGCACAAUAAUUGCAUUAGAAACCAUGGAUCACUUCAACAACACAUGUCUGUGAAAGCAAAGAAGGGGGUUAUUUAGUUCAGUGGAAUUAACUUUUGUUUUGUUUCAGGGGUACUAUGAGAUGGUAUCUAUUCUGGCAUUACUUUAAAUCCAUCUCUGUGUCCCUCUGUUCGGUGCUGACAGCCUCCUAGACUUCAGUGCUAGGGAUACAAACAGAGAAGACUUAGGCUGUGUAUAAACCACUGUGUGCUCAGCAUCCUGCAUCUAUCCCGUUGUUCCUUGGGAAAUACUGCAUUUUGAUGCAUUCCCCCCGCUCAACAGGCUUCUGUCUGAAUUGAGAAAAAGAAGGACCUAGAUGUGCUUUGAGACAGUAAUGUGUAUACAGCCUUAAAUCAUGCUGAACCCAGUGGGAUGGACUUCUGAGUCAAUGAGUUUAGGGUUAGACUUUAGAAUGUCUUUCCAUGACAUCCCCACCAUUUGGGAAUAACCAGUUUCAUUUGCCCAGAUGUUGGAACGUCUUUAUAUCUCAGUCUGGAGUAAGAGAGUGCAUACUAUAAGCAGAUUGUGUCAUUAAUUAAAUUGUUAGAAAAGCGCCCAGAGGCUGAAUCUCCCUCUCCCCUGACUUUCCAGAGCAACCCAUACUUGGAGAUUAUCUGGGUACAGCAUUAUCUUGUCAUUCGAAUUUUCAUAUCAAUUUCCUCUGAACUUUCCCUUUUUCACAAGCAGCGAGCCAAGAAUUUUGGAUUAAAUAGGUACUUAUUAAAGACCUGAAGGCAAGAUUUCCCCUUUACGGUUUUGGCUCAAGUUUUUUUUUUCCUAUAGAAAAGCCCGGAGAGAAAGGGAAUCAUUGCAAAAAUGAAAUUCCUUUUUAAAAAAGAAAAGAAAAGAAAGAAAAGCUGCUGAAAUUACAUUUCCAGGCAAAAAUCCCAAAUCAACUUGUGAAAGCAUCCUUAGACUUCAGGCACCGUUUUUAAAUGAGCAAUUCUGUAUCAUGUGAAAGAUCAUUCUGUGCAGAGGAGAUUAGAAAAAGGGGAAUAAUUUCCGCCACUAGAUUUAACUCUGUGUAAACUAUCCUUCCCACAAACGUUCUACAGGAGCAGUAUGAAACCAGACCCACGGAAACUAUAUCCAUGCUUAAUGCUAUCACUUUCCCCUGGGGUUGAACUUAAUUUGAAAAGAUGCAUUUUCAUAUUUUUAAUUAGUUGCGUUGACUACCAUGAAACUUUUUUAUGAUCAUCCUGCCUUGGGGAGCAGUGGGGGGCUACUCACUGUAGUUUUCUGAGCAUGUAGUAAACUUUGGUGACUCAGUGGCUGCUCACAGAUGACUCUGUUACGAACAUUUACACGCCUUAUUUACCUGAAUUCUAAAUCUUUGCGUGUUUGAAAAGCAGUGAAUCAGUAGUCUAGAAAUUGUUCCAGUAGCCUCGGUUGUUUCCUGCAAUUUGUUUGAAUGCCAUAGUAUAUAAUUCUUGGUGUUGGCAAAAUGUUAAGAAUUUGGGUUGUUGGGUUGUUUUUUGCCAGGCUGGUUAAAACCAAAACCAAAACUCUACUAUGAUUAGUAGCAGUGCUAUUAUUUAGUACUGUGCCACUAAUGUGUAUGCUAAUUGGCACUUCACAGCAUAAGCAAAAGAGAGGUCUCUGCAGCAAGGGGGCUGCAAUUAAAUGGCCAAGAAUGGUGGGGAAACCAGGGGAAGAGAAGACCGCCGUUGCAGUGGAGAAUAAAGUUGGGGAGAAGGUGAUUUAAGAUUUUGCUAAAAGGUGGAUUUUACGGAAGAUAGAAAUGAACCCAUAUAGCUUUUCCGGAUAGAUUUCUAGACACACACACACACACACACACACACACAAAGGCAGUAUCAAUUUUUCUAAACCACAGUAUGUCAAAUUAGAAACUUCCCACGACUAAACUUUACAGUGGAUGCUUGAUUCGCACCACUGUUCAUGGAAAGCGGAGAUAAAACUGAUCUGCAGAUGAGGCUGAUAUAUAGAUAUGGGUGAUGUUAAUAAGACUUUUUGUAACCAGAGCUCAGUUGCUGAUUUAAACCUUGGCCUGAGUCACUGCUCCCAGUGUUUUCGUAAGCAGGAGAAGAGUCCAAAUGGCAGUGUAAAAAUUAGCGCAGUGCAAGACUUAUUUAAUUAAAAAUUUAUAUUCCCAUUUAAGAACAAUGGGAAGAAAAAGAAAGCUGCAUAAUUUCCACAGCUCCAGCGUUUAAACUGCUUACUCAGAUAUCCUCCCGUCUCUGAAAGCUAGAAGAUGAAGGAAGAAGGCAUCAUGUAACUCUGCCCAGGCGUGACCGCCCUUAAUUGAAACCGUGUAAAGUUUGCCCAGAUAUUACAGCAAAGGCUGCUUCUAAAAUGCUUGGAAUAAUAAUCUUCAUAAUUAAUCACUUCAUCUUUGCAGCUGUGCAGCAUGGCAGACCUUUCUCACAUCGGGAGUCAAAUCUCCGAGUAUUUGUGUUGGCCGGCAUGGCGACCAUCUCUCCUUUUCAUCUCGGAGCCACUUGGUUGGGAGGGUCAGAGACGUCUUCUUCAAUCCUCUUGGCGGUCCCACUGAGACUGGAAUGAGAUAAGAUGUCUGCAGACUUAAGCCUAAGAAGCAGAGCAAUCUAACACAAGCCCCUUUAUGAAAGAGUAGAAAUCUUAAAAGCCCUGGGAUCCUGGAUGGCCAAUUCUCUCAAUUCCAACUCGGAUCUCGCACAGGAGAUUGGUAUGAACGCGAAGGCAUUUCAGCAUUAAUUUUAAACUGUGAUGUCUUGACCUUGAUUUACACAAACGCAGCCAAGUUUCUGGACCCAUGGAAUAGCAAAACAUGCCAAAGCAAGCCUAGGCUGCAUAGGAGAAUAUGAGAGGAUGUCUCUUGCAUUUCCAAAAGUGUCAGAAAUCAAAGAAAAGAACUGGAUUUGGGGGUCUGGGUUGAAGUAAUCCCACUGAAUCUAAUAAUCUGAGAGUUGUUGUUUUUAUAAACAACAACAACAACAACAACCAUAUUCUUAUCAAAUUAUAUGAGAAAAAUGUCAACACAGAUUCUGUGUAUCUUUGGUGAAAUUGUAAUAUGAUUCAGAAACACUAGGAACAAACUCUAGAGGUCAUUGGUCAGACCUCAGGGGUCAAUCUCAUGAUGGAUCCUAUGGCCAUUUCACUUAGUAAUGCUAAUAACCUUUCUUUGAAGCCUGCUUUCGAAUCUCUUAUUAGUGGCAAGAGUUGUUUUCCCUAGGCAGGGAAAAUUUCCAAGAGUUACAGCCACGAUAGAAUAGCUGAUCAAAGCCUUAGAAACUGCACCAAUGAACAAAUUGACUGGCGAUGCUUCAGUUUUAUUAGCAGACAGGUGGGGAGUUUGUUGUUUGUUUUUCGUAUUUAUUGGAAUGCACAUUGCAAUUUCAACGUACUGUAUCUGGUUCAAAUUGAACGACAACAAUAAAAGAGGGAGAGUUUGAUCUUGAACUUCUUGAAAUGGGUCUGAUGCCUGAUGAAAACUUUUGUGUGUUUUGCAUAAAUUCUUUCCACAGCCCUUGAUCAACAGCAGCGACAUCGUCUCCCAAGAGAGCAACCUUAGGCAGGUUUACCCUGAGCACUAAGUCCCAUUGUGUCCAUUGGGGCUGACUUUCAAGGGCGUGUGGUAGGAGCGGCAGUGGAGUAACUUCACCAUCAGAGAGUAAACAUCGUUCUCUUACCCUGUGUGCAAAGAGUCCAAAUGUUUCCAACACAUCCUUUGCGUAAUCACUUAUGCUGUUCAGUAAUUCUAUUCAAUGGUGUGGUAGUGGUGGCUCUUUAGAUGAUAAUGUGUAUCCUUCAAGAUGUGGUCAGACAGCCAGCCUUGAAUAUGGGGGGUCAUCUAGCUCAUUUUGUGGAAUGGGGCCUUCGGCACUUGCCCUCAAAGUCUUGCCCUUAUGUGUACCAAAUGUGCCACAACCUGGUGUAAAGUGGGCGUUUGUGGUCAUGGCUCUAGCAUCUGGAGAAGGGAAGGGCCAUAGCUCAGUGGUCUGCAUGCAGAAGGUCCCAGCAGCAUCUCCAGGUAGGACUGGGAGGGAGCCUGGUCUGAAAUCCUGCAGAGCUACUGCCAGUCAGCAGAGACAAUAUUGAGCUAGAUGGAACAAAGGUCUGGCUUGGUAUAAGGCUGCUUUCAUUUGUUUUAGACCAAAACAUCUGGAGGGCACCAGGUUCACUAGCUUGUGAUGGGCAAAAUCCAUGGAUUUAUGCCCUUCAGAUCAAUCAAAUUUAUUAACCCUGAUUGCCUGUGGUUUAGGACUGGGUGUGAGUUCAAAUGAUCUAAACGACUGCUCCUAUGACAUGUGAAGCAACAGGUUAGGAGGAGAGAGAGAAAUUUUAAUAAGUGAUCAGAACAUGAUUGCAAAACCUUGGAGAAACACAAAGGCCCUGUCUAUUGACUAUUGGCUAAGGAAGGCCUGGGACAUUGUGGUAUUGUAUCGAAUCAUAACUUAUAAUUAUGAAGAGGAAGAACUCAGGCAACACAGAUCUUUCAAAACAACUGGUUGCCAUUUAUCUUGUAUUGAAAUCAGAAGAACACUGGUGGGAUGGUUAUUAGGGAUAUCCGAAGUAUGAGAUGAUUUGUUUUGGUUUUGUGAACAGAAUUAAGCAAUACAACGAAGUUGCCCAAAGGGAGCCCCAGAGCUAUUCCGAAUGUUGUCAUACUCCAUCUUCCAGCAGCUCCAGCUAUCAUGGCCAAUAAGCAGUGAUGAUGGAAACUGCACACCAGUCACAUCUGGGGGACCACGCGUUCCUCAUCUCUGCUCUAGAGCCCCCCUUGGCCACCGUGUGUGCUAGCUCAGAAUAAGCAAGCAAGCAAAUUGUUGGUGUAAAUGACCAGUUGCCUCAGAGCUGUGACUGUCUGCAGAAUCUAAGUAACAGGACCAUCAGACUUACCACUGUCCACCUUGCUGUUGGCUGCAAAUGUCUAUGCUUUCCUAGAUCUGGAUGAUAUGGUGCAUCUCCAUGGAAUUACUGCAUUUGGCAGAAGUCAUGCCUCUUUGGGUUUAUGGACUAUCAGUCUGGAAUCUUAUGUAUAUUCAGCUUGGCCUUGCUUCCAAGUGAGCGCCCCAUAGAAUCAGUUGCUAAGUUGGUCAGGUUCAGUCCUGCAGGUAGACGGCUCUUUUUUAUGCCUCUAAUUUAAAGAGGCCCAGGGGCAGUCAACAGGGUUAAUGCUCUGUGUAUCAGGCAGCAGCAUCUAUGAGAGGUGGGAGAAUGCAGAAACCUAGAAAAGGUUCUUAAGUUGUACAAUAACAGCACGAGUGCUGGUUUUUUCUGAGCCUCAUCCAGGCUUGUCACCUCUGGGUCAAAUGCAGAGAGGAAGCAGAUUUAUGGUGCAUUAUAAAACCACCCAGUUGCUAUAUGGAUGACCCCACAAGCACCAUGUGGGAUUCCAUGUGGACAAGGUCAACCGAGUCCCGGCGUGGUAGAUCUGGCUGGGUUUUAAAUUUGAUCUGGGACGCUCUUCAGAAUCCGGGUGGAAACCGUUUCUGCUGGGAAAUAUUUAGCCGGACCCCUUUCCCCUUUUAAUUGAACGGAUACUGUUACGGCAUUCCUGAGGGACUGCGCGGAACUGUGGGAAAGGAGGGAGAGAGGAAUGGAUACAGUGUGCUUGUAUCAGAGUGUGGAGGAGCAUGAGAUCCCCUUCCACCUAGAGCUUAUUAUUAUCUGAAGCGUAACAGCUGUAUUAAUCCUGUUAAAUAAAGCAAACACAAUGUUGUGGCUAAUACCUUUUAUCAGGCUCAUUUACACCUGAGUCCAGCGAGGUCUCAUCCUGUCAGUCAUGCAUUCAGCCAGGAUUGGGUGGCCGACUACAGAGACAUUUGCCCCCCGGAGCUCCAUCAUGUGUCCGAUAACAAACAGCCAGAAGGACAAAUCAGAUUUCUCUUUCCCUGGAUUGCAACUUUGGCAGAUGUAAUAAUAUCAGUUCAAUCCCAAACCUUUAUUGUCAUGCAGACAAAACUCUGAAAGGUUCCGUACCAUAAAAUCACUCUGCAAAAUAUGCAUCUAACAAUUGGAAUACUGCUGUAUAACAUUCACGGAUCCCCAUUGUGUGUUGAAGGACCUGGCUACUAUCUCCAUCUUAUCCCCAUCCAGGUUAGACAUCUGAAAGGCUACCUUACAUUCAAGCAGAUGUAAUAUAUUGACGUCAUUGGAACAGAUGAAACUGAGCACCCAUGAGAAUUCUCAGGCAUAUUUUGACCCACUUCAAUGUCUGCUGUGGUGAAUAUUCAGGUGUGGGGAUUCAUAGGAUCAUAGAGGAAGGGACCCAAAGGGUAAUCUAAUCCAGCCCCCUGCAAUCACAGCCGAAGAAUCCCCAACAAAUGGCCAUCCAACCUCUGUUUGAAAACCUUAUUGGAUGUCCAUAUGAAAGAGGGGAGACUCAGCAUAGGAUGUGAUGCCAUCAUGCUGCUUCUCCCUCACCCAACAUAUGGGAAGAAGAAGUUCCCAGUGGGAUGAUUGCAUACCAUAUGCAUUAUUAUACCCAGGCAUUAAGGGGAGAGAAGCCAAAGGAGACAUGAGGCCGCCAUUUUCCUUAACAACCCUGCGUCAUUUGCCUUUCCACCCUAAGUUGCUGUUCACCUGCAAAAUAAGAUGCUGGUCCUAUGCAUGCCAUACAUUUAAUGCACAUUUAAAUUGACAUAGCUUUCCUCAAAGAAUUCUGGAUCUCCUCAGUAGCUGCUCCCAGGUUUUGGAACUUCCUCCCUAGAGAAGCUAGGCUGGCUCCCUCCUUCUGUCGGCAGGUGAAGACUCUCAUUCCAUCAGGCCUUUGGGAAACAAUAGGUGGGUUUUUUUUUUUUUUAUAGUUCUGUGCUUUUUCAUGACCUGAAUUUUAAUAGAUUUCUUUUCAUGCGGUUUUAAUUCUAUUAAAUUAUUUUUAAAUUAUUACCUUUUGCAUUUCUUAAUCUUUUUGUAUUUUUGUAAGCCACCUUGAGUCCCAGUCUCUGGGAAAGGUGGGGUAAUAAUAAUAAUAUAAUAUCUAUAGUUUUCCUCCCCCACAUAGGGAAUUCCUGUCACCCUUAGUGAAUUCCAUUUCUUGGAUUCUUUAGGGGAAGUUUUAAAUGUGCUCUGAGCAUGUGGCGUGGUUGUGACCCCAGGCAGAGGAGCACAUGAAGAAAUUUCUGCUUUGCAACAGGAGGGCCACAGCAGUCCUCCAAGACACCAUGAUCCUUAAAGCCAAAAGUCUUGCCAUCCAGGCAUGGACUGGGACUGAUAUUCUGUUUCUAAAACCUGACGGAACUGCUCGGUUUUUCUCGCCGUCUCCUCUGACAAAUGCAACGGAGCGGCUUCUGCAGCUCAGCUCUCUGUUGUACACCCUGUCCUAUUUUCCACUCCUGUUCCUGGUUUUCUGGUGCUAAAUUUAGCACCUUAAUAAGUAUGCACCAGUCUCAGUGCAGUGACCCUGAAUAGAUAACUCCCCGAAGUUGCCUGAAUGGGUGUUUUGCAUCUCGUCCCCUCCCUGCAAUUGUCCCGUCUUCCUCCUCCACCUUUUAUCAGGGCUUAUAAUCUUCUCCAGUUUUGUUGCUAAUCUGAUCUUGCACAUGCCUGCCUAUUAUUUACUGUUCUUCACAAAGGUAAAAGACUCAUCAGUUAUGAGGAUUAUGGGCUUUCAGCACAAAGGAACCAAGAGAAGGAUAAAAAUGUAUACAGCUGCGGUUUAGGAUGAUUAAGCAUUGUGUGGGAGCCAUGCAACCAUUUCCUUAUUUAUACUGCGGCAGGGGAACAAGCACAGAUUUAUUUUAUUUCAAUUAAAUGUCAUAUGACCUCCAGGUGGUUUACAAAAAUAACAAAACAAUAAAGUUUUCAGUAAAAAACAACACUUUAAAAUGUUCAGAAAAAUAACAAUAAGCUAAAAACCAGAUUGAAACACAUGUCUGGAUAGGCUUUGCCUAAACAAAAAUGUUUAAAGUGGACACCAAAAAAGAGUGUAGUGAAGAUGUCUGCCUGAUGUCAAGUGGCAGGGAGUUCCAAAGUUGUUGCACUAAAAAAAAAAAAGAUUUCUUACAGGUAUGGAGCGAGUGUUGAGUGGCAUCUGUAACCGUUGCCAGUUCCACUGAUCAAAGCUGUUGAGUGGGCUCAUACAGAGUAAGGGAAUCUCGCAAGCAGAUGUUAAGUGUGACUAGGUUCUUCCCUUUCAGAAAACACUAAAACAAUUGUAGUGAAAGAAAAACCAUAUGAGUGAGUCAUUGAAAAGUCUAUUUUAAAAGGUGCUGAUAACUUGGUGCUGUAAGAUUCCAUCCCAUGCAGUAUUAGAAAUAAUUUCCCCACCCUCGGAUCCUAAAUGAAGUUUCAACCAAAUCCUGUCCUAUGCUUGUUUACUUGGAAAUCCACAUAGAUCACCUGGACUUCCUUCUUUAGCAAAGGUGAGGAGUGAUGCAGGGGUGCCGAGAUCUGUUAAUUUCACUUUCUCUGUUCCUCGUUUUCCCACUCUCGAGUUCACUUUGACACAUGCCUGCAUCAGUUUGUAGUUGAUUAUUUCUUCAACACCUCCUCUUGAAAUUUGCCAGCAUUUCUUACCUGUCAUUUAUUUGGUGAGGGGUGCUCCCAGGUGGUCAUUAUUUUGGGGUGGGAUUGAAUCACACGCCAGCAAACUCGGUGAUGGCUGAUUGUGCAGCAAACCUGCUUCCCCAAAAGAUUGCACAUCUUGCGAUAAGGAAAAUGUGCUUGAAUGUGUGGGCUUAUACAUGCUUGACACAACAUCAUCUAAACAUGUCAGAAUGAAUGUUCAAUAAGUAGUCAACAUUGUCUAAUCUCCCAGCAAGCGAACUUAUUCAGUGAGAGAUUUAUCUUGUCUAUGGCAAUCAGUGGGACUUGGGAGUGUUCAGUGGGGAUCAUACCUAUAGGCCUUAACAAAAAUCUGUACUGUACUCUUGACUCCCUUUUGUUCAGAGUGCUACUGUACCACUUGGGGCAUGAAAGCUGCUGGUUCAAGAGAAGGGUCCAUGAAAGACGUUCCCUUUAAUCUUCCAAGGACAUAUAACCAGUUGGGACAGAAUUUGCAGGUGUAUCCCAAUUUAAUAAGGCGCACACCUUAUUAAAAAUAACAUGGUUGGGAUGGGAUUAUUGGGUGCAUGUCUAGAAGUUAACAUCACCCAAGUUAGGAUUCAGUCUCCCUCCCUCCCUCCCUCCCUCCCUCCCUCUGUGUGUGUGUGUUGUGAUUAAUGUGGCCAUUUGAAAGCUGUAAAAAAAAAACAGCUUUCAAAUAAGGGUACCUGCAGACCCUCAGUAUUUUGAUGAAGAGAUUCAAGGGCAUACAGGAAAUUUAGGUUUGUGCAGUUAACAUGGAUCAAAACACUUUGCCACCCUUCAGCAACAAAUCCACUUUUUAAAAAGAAAUGCACGUUUGUGGUUUGGGAAGUGACAGGGAAAGUGUGGAAUGAAGGGAUGGUUACUGGGAAGACGUCUAAACAUCCCGCAAGCAACUAGGGAUGGAUGCAUUUUGUUGUAUAUCCUGCAAAUAAAUCAGAAUACACGCACGGCGAAGACCGGAUACAAUCUCAUCUCCAUGAAAGCUUUGUGCAAGCAAAUCAAGGUGGAUGCUCAGUAAUCUUAGGCUUCAUUUUUUGCUGAUAUUCUCCUUCAAAGUUUUAUUGGUGUUUUAGAUUAUUAAAGGGGAGGCUGUACAAUAUCUAUAGAAACGAACUGUGGUUACAUCCUGGGCAUGCCAGCACUGCAAGUUAUCCUCAGAAUACUGUGGAAGAAAUCUUUGAGGAAGGGUGUUUGGUUAACGAACCUUCUAAACUCUCUUGAAAUGUUCCACAACUCAGUACAUGGAUGGCUAUGUUGUCUAUGGAUUUUCCUUAAAAUCAUGACAAAGUGUUUAAACUGCCAAGAUCCCAUGUAGCAUCUGGAGAAGAGUAACCAGUUUUUGCAUCAUGUGGCAGAGUCUGGAUAUGGGCUGUGUGGUUGGACAGUCUAGAGGAAUCAGUGUGUGAGAGCAAUUGCAUGUCUACGGUGACCCGUUCUUAGCUUGGUAUGACAUGCGUUUGUUUUGAAUUCAUCUUUAUAGGGUCUUCAUCUGAAGUGCAGGAGCUGUAUGUAGGAGGCAUGUGAAGUCCACAGUAAGAAUGUUCAUAAUUUGUAUCGGGGAAGGGUCAUCAGGAAGGGUCAUCACUCAGUGGUAGAGCACCUGUUUUGCAUGCAUAGUGAAAACUUUCCAUCGUGAAAUUGUUACUGCCCAAAGCCUGAAUUUCAGGUGCUUUCUGAGUGCCAGCAUAACCUGAUGCCGACGUUUCAUUAAAUGCUGAACGUCAGGUAUCAAAAGCAUCAAAUAGCAAUUAGCGCAUCUUGCCAGCUCCCAAAUACUAAUUACCACUACAUGCCAACAGUCAAGCAAUAUUGUUACCAAAUGUGGAAAAAGAACACCGACUGCCCUCAACAGUCAGAUAUAAAAAUUGCAGUAUUAAUAGAUGUACAAGUAAUUAUGUUUCUGUUCCUCUAGUGCCUUAAUUCCCCCCUCCCCCCUCCAAUACUUACUAAGCGAUGGCUCAUUUCAUGUAAAACUUUUGAACUUGUGAAAUUGACCAAGAAUUAGGAAAAACCCGUUUUGCUGUACCUAUUGCAUCCUUGGAGCAAUAGGAGAGACAAGGAGGUGUGUGGGGGGAUUAAGAAAAGGGCCUCUGUGUUAUAAGUGCCUCCAAAUCCUCUGUUUGAAAACCUGUAAUAAAGAAGGUUGUGCUUAUGAUUAAUGAAAGCAUUUGACAUGUGCACAUAGGAUGAUGUAAUGGAUCGGUGUAGAAACCAUUUCUAUUUCAGUAACUCAUCGGGGCAGUCCUGGAAAUGACAUGCCGUUGUCUCUACAAGCUGUUUAGCUCCUGAUUAAAUUAUUUAGCUGAAGAGGAUCUGCACAGGGGCUGAAGCAACUGCGAACUCUUUUGUUCAAGCACCCGUAAAGUACGUAAAUCAAUAUGUGGAGGCAGGCGGGAAGGAGCACCAGUCUGUUCACUCGUUUCAAAAGCACAGAAUGGGGAACAAGACUUUGGAAAACUCAAAAUACUAGAUCCCCCCCCCCCAAAAAAAAACAACUCCUGCCUCUUUGUGGUCAUGAGAGCUCUGUUCAGUUUCAGACAUUCUUAGGACACAGCAACACAUUCACGAAGACACAGCUGGAAUUACAGUUGCAAGUCAUGCACCAUCACUAUUAUUAUUAUUAUUUAUUAUUACACUGGGCAACAAUUUUUUACUUUUUGAAUGUUGUCUAGAUUUCUACAACUGAUUUAGGGUAUUUUUGCACUGCUGAAUCAGGAAAUGGCAUCCGUUUCUCUCCAUCAGGUCAGGUUUAAUGUAAACUGAAUGGUGGGCAUUGAUAAAGGUAAUUACACGUAAAUUGCAUGUUGCUUCACCAUUUUUCAAACUUCAGGGCUUGAACUUCUGUUUCUUGGAACUCCUGGAAUGCUCAGCGGCAGGGAGGUCUCUCUUCAGAGUCCAACAGUAGUCAGCCAUCAUGACUGCGUCCCAGCGACCCUGAUACCUGGUCUCCAUCUCUUUCAUGUCCUGAUGGAAUCUCUCCCCCUGCUCGUCACUCAUUGAACCCAGGUUCUCAGGAAACCGGUCCAUAUGUGAAAAUAGGUAGUGCAUCUUGAUGCUCAUGUUGCAGCCCAGGUUUCUGAAAGCAGUCAGUAUGUUGUUGUCAAGUUCUGCGUAGUUUCUGGCCUUAUUGUUGCCAAGAAGGUUCUUCACUACCAGAACAAAUGUCUUCCACGCUUCCAGUUCCACUUCGUUCACUGAGUUUCCGAACUCUGGAUCUCUGAUGAGCUGACAGAUCUGAGGACCGUCAAAGGUGCCAGCUUUCAACUUCUCCAUGGUCAAUCCUGGAAGAGCCUGGCACAAGUAAGUGAAGCAGUCACCAUCCUUGUCCAGAGCCUUGGUGAACUGCUUGAUUAAGCCGAGCUUGAUGUGCAGCGGUGGGAAGAGUAUUCUGUCUUUGUCCACCAGAGGGUCGUUGAUGACGUUCCUUUUUUUGCAAGGCACCAAUUCCUCCCACACAGGCCAGUCCUUCUUCGUGUAAUGCUGAGCACGGUCCCUACUAUCUCACAUGCACAGAAAACAUGGGUACUUGGUGAAGCCAGACUGUUGUCCCAACAAAAAGUUCACCAUCUUCAGGUCAACACAAAUAAACCACUUAUGCUGAUCAUAACCAAUUUUCUCCAGCACAUACUUCACCGCUUCAUAGUUCUCCUUCAAUGUACUCGAGUGAGCCAGGGGUAUAGAGGCAAACUGGUUGCCGUUGUGUAGCAGAACACAUUUCAGUGAUUGCUUGCUGCUGUCAAUGAACAGUCUCCAAUCUUUGGGUUCGUACUGUGGCACUCCAAGCUUGAGCAGAAGCUGUGCAAUAUCUGCACAGUACACCAAGUCCUUCUCUUCCGACAAAAAACGGAGGUACUCUUGAUGCCUGUUGCGGAAGAAGCUGAUGCGAGCACUGUCAGAGAGGAGGUUUUUUUCCUUCAAUCUGGAUGCCAACAGUUCGGCAGAGUCCUUUGACAAGCUGAGGUUGUGAACUAGAUCAUUCAACUCCUUUUGGGAAAAUGGAUGUGGAGCAUCAUCUUCAAGAACCACUUCUUCUUCUUCAUGUCCUUCAACACUGGAGGCAUCUUCGUCACUAAUGUCAGGAAGUUCUCCGAAGAUAGGCACUGGAAUUUCAUCAGAAUGAGCUACAGGAUGACAUGCUGAUUGAAGAUCAGGAUACUUCGUGGGUCGGCUGCCCCAUUAACUUAGUUUUGAUCCCCCAACUUUAUGCUUUGCCACACCAAUUUAUGGAAGAUUUCGAGGUUUUAUGACUUCAAACUGAUCCCUUUUCGACAUAAUCACCCAGAACUAUCGGACCUGAAUACUUCUUGUCAUUAAAAUAAUCAUUUCCAAUCAAAACAAUUAUUCGACAUGGCAUUUUACCCCACCAACUUCUUCUAAAAUGCUCCACACAAGCGUACAUGUGAACAAAAACGUAAAAAAAUGACAUGUGGCCAUAGCUCAAAAACUUGACCUGAUUGAGCAAAACCAAAGUGAUUUUUGGAUUCAGCGCAUCAGAUUCGUCCUAAAUCAACUGAAAAAACGCAGACAACAAAUUUGUUGUUGACCAGUGUUAUCUAUGAAUCACUUUUGAUGAGGCAUUCCAAAGUGGUUUUCAAUACAAUAAAAACAAAUAUAAAACAAUUGCAUAUAUAAAAAGUUAGUGCAAUUGCAUAUGUAAAGGCAAUUCUACUACUACUAUUACUAUUACUGCUACUACUACUACUACUAUUACAACUACUACUAAUACAAAAACAGUAUAAAGCACCCAGGACAAAGAUCUCCAUUGAGAAGGCUUGCUGAAAUGGGAACAUCUCCAGCAGGCACUGAUGUUCCUUUGCAUGCUACAUUGAUGCUCCUUGCAACAUGGAUGCUUGACUUCCAUUGCAUUCUCUCAGAAAAGCCCAUGUCUAUGUGCAGAAAGAGGAAUCUAAUGCAUGGGUUUCAGAGGCAGGGCUUGCCGCUGUGCUUCUCAGUCCCCUUCCCCACACACAUAUCACAGUGCUUUAAGGAUGUCUGCUUUCAUGAGCAUUAAAAACCCAAGAUCACAUUGUUGCUUGAGGUAGGCAAUCACCCCACCGCUCCACACACAUACAAACACACAAACACACACCCCUUGUUCCAUGCACUGGAGCCAAUUGGUCUAGUUGGCUGUUGACUCUUGCUUCAGCACUGGCGGCAGGACAGCAUUCUCCACCACACCUGAGGGCAGCAGGCGAGUUAGAGCCACAGGGCAGGACAGGUAUCCCACAGCCCUGCCCUUCAACCCCUCGCUGCUGUCGCCCAACACAACACCUGCCAUCUGAGGCAGUUGCCUCACCCUGCCUAAUGGUAGGGCACACCCUGGGAAGAAUAAACACAGCUGGGAGGGCAAGUGUUUCCAAAAAGGAAAAAACAAACAAACCUAUACUUGGUCAAAGCAGUGUAUAUUAUAUUGCUUCUACGUAUAUUGCAUGGUUUCUUUUUCUAUUUUAUAACCUUUAUUGAAAAAUAAAAAAGUUCAAAAUUACAAGUGCACAGGGUAAGAUAAGACACAAAAAAGAUGAAGAAACAAGAAAUACUACUCAUGUAGAAAACAAAUCAGAAAAAAACUGGGCGCAUUACAAAAGACUUGUUAUUGUCAUUAAGCAGACCUUAAUCUAAUAUGAUAUUUAUAAACAUGAAUUAGAUGAAUUCCUUCUAUAUUGUAUGUUUAUGUUGCAAACUGCCCUGAGAUAUGUGGCUAAAGGGCAGUAUUCACAUUUAAUAAGUAAUAUAUAAUGACGUUAUGCAGUUGCCCUCACUGAAGAUGCUCCCAGGGAAGGCCUACGAAAUACUGAGGGGUGGCUGGGUCCUCCAUUGCUUCAGCCGAUGUUAAGUGGUACAUGGAGCAGAUUCAUCACCGCAACUAAGAAUGAGCAAGGAAUCCAUGCAGUCAAUGAAUGGGGACUAGCAGCCUACAGGAUAACAAGGCCUUCUUGUUCAUUAUUGCCUUGCAUCUGAGAAAUUAGGGUUGCCAUAUUUCAGAAAGUAAAAACCAAGACACCCGAAACGUUGAGCUUUCUUUUAGGAAGACUGCCUGGUCCCGUCCCCCCUGGACAUCAAUUCCUCCUUUGAAAUCCUGGUAAUGUCCAGGAAAAUCUGGACACAUGGCAGCCUCAGAGAAAUGGUUUUAAAAUUUAUUUAAAGGGUGGCAGCUGGGCUAUCCUCAGGCCAAUCUCUUGUGACGCCCAUGUGCAGGAAGCACUGCCGCCUUCGUUUUGUACACAGGGGGCAGCUUGCUAAACAAGGAACUUUAGUCACCCUGAUCCACAAAUCAUUUAAAAUGGAUCUAGACCCCGUGAAAAUGCCAGGCUUCCAUGUCAGCUCUCCCUUGCCUUAGCUGCAUGUCUUUGAGCCAAGUUCUUCCAUUUCUCUGGCUCAGAAGAAAUUUACUAAUUAUUUAUUUACUUUUUUGCAUUGCUAGCCCGUCUUUUCCUGCAAGGAGCUCAAGUUGGCUUACGCGGGUCUUCCCACGUCUCUUUUAAUCCCCAUGACAACCCUGAGAGGUGGGUUAGGCUGAGAGGCAGGGACUGUCCCCCUACCACUCAGUGAGCUGUUUUAUGGCCCAGUGGGAGAUUUGAACCUUGGUCUCUCCCAGGUCCUAGUCUGACUCCCUAACCACUGCACCACAGUGGGUGGAACUGCCUCUCCUGUAUUGCAACAAAUGCCUUGGUGAUGAUUUACCUACCCCACUUCUAUCAUAUCUUUUGGAUCAAGGAUGCCUUGCCUACCUGGCAGUUCAUAAGAUAUAAUCAUUAGGAUUGUCAGCCAGCUUAUUACAGUGUGAUUCUGUGCAUGCCUACUUACAAGUAAACCCCACUGAGCUCACUGGGAAUGACUCUGAGCCAUGUUGAAGGCUGUAGGCCUAUAUCAGUUAUUCAGUUGGCUGCCAUCAUGGCAUACUCUCCAACAUUUCUCCAUUGAAAAUAGGGACUUCCUGUUCCAUUAUAAUUAUAAUUAUUUAUACUUGCCCAUAUAACUGGAUUGCCCCAGUCACGCUGGGUGGCUUCCAACAUAUAUAAAACCAUAAUAAAACAUUAAACAUUAAAAAAACCUUCCCUAUACAGGGCUGCCUUUUGAUGUCAUCUAAAGGUUGUAUAUUUAUUUAUCUGCUUGGUUUGGAUGGGUCGCAUAACUCCAUACCCUCCAACAUUUCUCCUAAGGAACAGCAGGAUGUUCUGGGAUGAAAUCAAACCAGGACAGCUUCUGUAAAUCUGGGACUGUCCCUGGAAAAUAGGGACACUUGGAGGAGCUGUCAUAGCCAUGCCUACUCAGAAGUAAGUGCCAUUGGAUUCAAUUAUUAAUGCAGUUCAGCUAAGGCCAAGAUAGACUUCUAACAGGUAGCAAUAGAUAAGAACCAAGUGGGCCUCUGGUGAGAAAGCAUAGGAGAGCACUGGGCUUAUUACAGUUAAAGCCCGGCAUCAGGGCGAGGGCCACUUAGUUCCUGGAAAUGAUGACUCUUGGAGCAAGGCCCAUGAGAUGUCUUGACUUCCAGCGCCUGGGAUGCUCAUCUCACCAGGACGUAGAGUUUUAACGGCCAACACCAAUGCCUACCAACAAUACUUUAGCUGGCAAGCGGCAUAAGUACAGUGGUACCUCAGGUUACACACGCUUCAGGUUACAUACGCUUCAGGUUACAGACUCCACUAACCCACAAGUAGUACCUCGGGUUAAGAACUUUGCUUCAGGAUGAGAACAGAAAUUGUGCUCCGGCAGCGCAGCGGCAGCAGGAGGCCCCAUUAGCUAAAGUGGUGCUUCAGGUUAAGAACAGUUUCAGGUUAAGAACAGACCUCCAGAAUGAAAUAAGUACUUAACCUGAGGUACCACUGUACAGAGAUUUAAAGCAUUGCUUGAACCACUGUGCUCCACUACCCCUGACCUGAUUGGGCCUGAUCUCCACCCUUAUCUCUGGAUAUACAAACUCAAUAAAUAAAUAAAUAAACUAGGGAGGUGUGCAUGGGAAGUGUCCAGCCAAACCUGAAAUGAAAGCAGAGCACUGACUCCUGAUACAGGAAGGAGGAAUAUAUUUCCUGGAAUAACACCUUCUCUAGGGCUUGCUGGCUGGCAUUUCUGAAUCUUCCUCCAGUCAGAAAGGGAUUCAAGGCAGCUGCCUCUGCGACUGAGUCACGUCGUGCCCUAGAUCUCUUGAGGACUUUAUAUUAUUUUAGCAGGUGGAAGAGCCAGAAAUUGUCAGCUAUGCACUGGGCCAUUCUGAAACCAGUCUGGUGCCUGACUGGGGAGAUCCAAACAUCCAACGCCCACCCCUGUUAACCCAGAACACCCUCCCUAGCCAGGAUUCUUAUUUAUUUAUUAUAAGUUUCUAUUAUUCGGUUUAUAGUCCUCUUCAUGCUAGGAUAGGCUUCUAAGUGGGUUACAGUCAUAAAAAAACGAAUGGCGCAAAGAAUAAAAUAUAAACAUCCAUGGAAAAAAGGUGAGGUUCCAACAAAGGAAGAAUGGCUUUUGAAAAUGAUGCUGAACUGGCAAGAUAAACAGCAAAUAUUAGAGACCAAAACGACUAAAAGAUUCUUUGAGGACUGGAGGCCUUUUAUUGAAUAUUUAAAGAAAUACUGUAGCAAGAUGAAAACAGCGGCAAGACUUGAAAUAUGAGCCACAGCGUUAAUUAUCAAGAUAAAUGGGUUUAAAUGGAUGUAUUGAAUAGAGAAAUAUGCAGCAUUCAAAGGUAAAUAUGGAAACCAUGGAAGGGGAGGGUGGGAAGUCGAUAAAAUAAUUUACGGUCUACGUUAAAAUUUGUAAAGUUUUUAUUGUGAAAAUCAAUAAAUAAGAUUAUUACACACACACACAAUUAAAAUGCUGUAGUAACAAAACAGCCCUGUUAAAGCAGUACAGUAAUUAAAACAAGAGACUCAGGUCAAGAGAUCAUGGGAAUGUCUUCAAAAGCUAGGUAGGUCAAGGAAUCUUCUCAAGGGCCGAUUCCCUCCUGGGCAACCUUCCGAGGGCCAUUUGCCAGCAAUGUGUGGGUCCAGAGGCAAAAGUGGGAGGAGCAACACAUGCAGAUUUUACCUUUGUACAGCAGGCUAGGUUCUAAACUCACUCACACCCCCUUCCCGACCCUUCAUUCCAGGAAACAAGAGUCGCGAUCAGAGUUCAAGGACGUAUCCUGUCUCGGCAAAACUGGUUGGGGUGUGAAGCUAAACCAGCGAGGGGGUAUGGUCUGGGGAGAGUACUGGGGGCCAGAUUUAGGGGCUUAGAGGGCUGCAUUGUCAUAUUGGCCUGAGGUUCCUGCACCCCUACCUUAAGCUACAGAUGAAUCAAGCUAAAAGUCAACUGGUUAAUCAAGCCAAAAAUUAUUGACUCUAAUUUAAGUCCCACUGCGAGAGGAGCGGUAGGAUAAGUGCCGAAGCGAGAGGCAAACAGUUUGGCAGGAGGUCAAUCUCUUCAACUUGUGGCUUAGUUAGGAGCAGGGUGUGUGCCCCUUUGAUGCCAUCUCCGGGUCCCUGUCCCGUCUGCCUUGGCAAGCUCAGCAGUUAGCAAUGCUUUUUAUUUUAUUGGGGUGGUGUGUGUACCGUUCCCUCCUCAUUACCCAGCCGUGAGAGAUUUGACUGAGCUAAUUGACAAAAACAAAGGUUUGGCCGGCCGGCCAAAAUUCCAUCAUGUGUCAUUAUGCAUCCUUCUAAAUUGCAUUGUUUGUGCAGCUGUCCUGCAAAACGGGCCACUGGGUUUAUUUUUGUCCCCCAGAGCUGGGUGCGGAGGGAAGAGAAGGGUCUUCUUCCUAUUGUGGCAGGUCUGAGAUCAAAGAAUUAAAAUAACACAGCUCAGGACGUUCAAGGGUGCUUUGAGGAGGGGAAUCACUUUGCAUUGGGCUGUGGAGAUAUCACCAGCAGAUCAUGGGCAACAAGAUCUUUUUACUUAGUGGGUUUGCCCCGGAAAGGGUGAAUCUGAAUUAAAUGGGAGUGGGAAUACGGGCUGACAUUUUGAUGGCAACCUUGCAGUGAGUAGGGUAGCAUUUUUAGGCUCCUGAACUUCCUAAGUGAACUAAUUUAAUGGCUGACUUUUCGAGGCUUCUAGCCGUGGCUCUCAUGGAUGAGCUGGUUAAUGUCCCAACAAAUCUGGAAUUCUACGCAGAGUUUCCUUACUAUGCUUAGAAAGCUUGUGUCUGAAUGCUUUCUAAUUCUAGAUUCCUAAAAAAUUUUUUUUAAUAGAACGUAAGAGAAAGGAACAUGACUGGGGGAAAGUGUUAUUUGCUAUGAAUUCUCUUAAUGCUGCCAUCUUCACUAUACAGCUAAAGCAGUAUAAUAGUAUUGCAGAGUUGGAAGGGUCUGUGAGGGUCUUCUAGUCCAAAUCCCUGCAAUGCAGGAAUCUUCUGCCCCAUAUGGGGCUCAGACCCAUGACUCUGAGAGUAAGAGUCUCAUGCUCUACCAAAUGAGCCAUCCCAGGACUGGGCCAUGGCUUCACCAAAGAAUCCUGGGAACCCUAGUUUGUCAAAGGUGCUGAGAGUUGUCGGAAGACCUCCUUAUUCCAACUUGCAGAGUUACAAUGUCCAGAGUUCCCUGGGAGGAGGGGUUGGAUAGUAAACUGCUUUCCUGCUUAUGUUCUUUUAAGAUGUAGCAGCUAGACUGGUGACUGGGAGCGGCCGCCGAGACCACAUAACACUGGUCUUGAAAGAUCUACACUGGCUCCCAGUACGUUUCCAAGCACAAUCCAAAGUGUUGGUGCUGACCUUUAAAGCCUUAAACGGCCUCGGUCCAGUAUACCUGAAGGAGCAUCUCUACCCCCAUAGUUCUGCACUGAGGUCCAGCGCUGAGGCCCUUCUAGCGGUUCCCUCACUGCGAGAAGUCAAGUUACAGGGAACCAGGCAGAGGGCCUUUUCGGUAGUGGCACCCGCCCUGUGGAACACCCUCCCACCGGAUGUCAAAGAGAAGAACAACUACCAGACUUUUAGAAGACAUCUGAAGGCAGCCCUGUUUAGGGAUGCUUUUAAUGUUUAACAGACCACUGUAUUUUAAUAUUUUGUUGGAAGCCACCCAAAGUGGAUGGGGAAACCCUGCCAGAUGGGCGGGGUAUAAAUAAUAAAUUAUUAUUAUUAGUCUUUAAACUGGACCUGGACUGGGCAGUCCUUCAAGCAGAGAACUGUCCUCUGUAAAGUAGGACACAUGGCCACUAUAUUUAACAGUUGGUUUUUAGUUCUCCCCUCAUACCCCAUUUUCUUUCUUUUAUAGUACUUCAGGGAGGUACCUCAGUGGUAGAACAUCUGCUUUGCAUGCAGAAGGUCCCAGGUUCAAUCCCUGACAUUUUUGUAUGCAAUUGUUGUCUAAUAUACACAAUUUUGCAAAGCGUUUUCCCCAAUGCAAUGUGUUUUGCUUGUUAUUGUCACUAAUACAGGCAUUGAGAAGCCUUGUCCCAGUCUGUGCAAUUUUGCACACCCUGCUUUGCUGGAGAACUGCAUUGCAAAAUUCAGAGAAGUUUGAAUUGUUUCAAUCCACUUUUUUAAAGUGUGAAUUGAGCAGGUUUGCCUUCGGCUGUGAACUGAAUCAGUCUUCUCCCCCCUCUCCCAAUCCAUGCUUGCUUCCUGCAUGGCACUUCUCUGAGAAAGUGUAUCUCCUUGUAAGACAAAUGCAUUUCCUGAAAGUCAGCGAUCUCAGAGGGACAGCAGUUCUUGGUUUGCAAACAAUUAAUUUCACUUUCCAUCCUUCUGUGUCACUCAUCAAAUGUUUUUUACACGUUGGGAGCAGGAAAAAGGCAGUGGCAUUUGCAGCGAACGUUUUCUUGGCACCGGCCACAAGGGUGGGCUUGUGAAACCUGAAGCGCCCUUUGUGUAAGCUCUGAGUCAGCCGCCCGGAAUUCAUGUUUGCUUAUGGAUGUUGCGAUAAUUAACAGAGCAGGAAGCCAGCGACUGAUUGAUUGAUUUAUAUUUAGGUGUGCGUUCACACAAACACAGAGCGUUAAUAAAGCGCCUCUUGGAAUGCAGAGAUGGGUUGGAGAGUCUGAUCUCACACAUGUUUACUUGGAAAUUCAUUAAGUGUGCGUAGAAUUUGAACUCGUAGCCGGUGCCUCCUUUUUCCUGGAUAGUUUGUGGAGUUGCUGCUGAGAAGCCCAUCGACAGAACAUCCGCUGUUGUGCAGGAGGUACCAGAUUCAAUGCCCAGCAUCUCUGCAUAGGGCUGUUAGACUCUUACCCCACAACCAUGGAGAGCUGCUGCCGGUCUGAGUAGACAGUACUGAGUUAGAUGGGAGGAUGGUGUGACUGUGUGAUAACGAGGCUUCCUGGGUUCCUAUUUCACAUCUCAAAAUUGAAUCCAGAUACCAACCUGCCUGCCUUUGCCGUUGAUGGUUCCAGUUUGCUUGUCACCAAAGCUGGUGAGGGUCUAAUGGUGGAGGCACAUUAAGUCAGCUGAGCAUUGCAACAAGGAUGCAGUCCUGGAGGGCUGCACUGAGCCUUUGGGCCUGUGCAGGAUGAGCCCCUGACCAGGGCUGAUGCAUGAACCCUACAUGCUGUGGGUGGAGUUUGGAUGGGGACUUGUUAAACCGGGGUUAUAAAUUGCUUUUGCAUAAAGGAUUAUGGGCAGGUCUCCAGGGUUGCCUUUAUUAAACCCUUUUGCAUUUCCAAAGCUUGCAGGUCGUCACAUAUUUUUGGAGCUAAUUAGUUACUGUCAGGGCAUUUAUCUUGAAGUUGUAAACAGCAGUGCGGAGAACUGUCAUCAUCGUAAAGUGUUAAUUAUCCCCCUGAUUAGUUUUUACUAAAACUUCCCAGGGCCUUCAGGCAUGGGAGCUUUGAAUUCAGUCAAAUUUAUUAAUUACGGUGAUUAUGUCUGAAUUAUACUGCCGCGUUGAGAGGUGGCUAAUAAGAGAGGGCUCCGAUACCACUCAUCGCAGAGGAACCAAACAGAGGGGGAAAGUUUUAGAUUAAUGAGAAUCAUGGAAUUUGAAGAACAGGGAACAUAGAGGGCAAUUCUAUUUCACCCUUUAGCCAAAAAGGCUCUCCAAGCUGCUUACAAAAGACUUGCAACCCAAAAAGACACGCAGGGGAAAAGGAAGACAAAGCAAGCUCAAUCUCAGGCUGUACUACUCAUUUUGGCACUUCCUGAAAACAUCUUUGUUUAGACAAGUCUACCCAGACAUUUAGAAAGUUGAUGAAAGUUUUAAUCUGUUUUUUAUUAUUUUUGGUCUAUUGUUAUUUUAAUUUUUCAAAGGCUUUACAUUAUGAUUGUUAAUUUUUCUUAGUGAUAGCUUUAUUGUUUUAUCUUUUUUUGUAAAUAGCUUUCAGGUUCAUUUGGCCUUUUUUUUAAUGGUUAAGCAGCUUAUAAAUUUUGUGAAGUAAAUAAAAUUAAUAAGUUCUUAGUUACAGUUCUGACGGUGCAGUUAGGAGGAGGAGGAGCUCCUCACCGAUACCAGUGGAGGUUUUCUGUCAAUGAAGAGAAAGCAUUCUUCACACUGAACAGAUCUAAGAGCAGAUCUGGGUGACAAUUUGUAGCCCAGAAGUACAGGGCAACUUUUGCCAUGCAGUUCUUCCCUUGGAUAGCUGACUUAGAAGCCACAGUGACCAGAAGUUCAGUUCCAUAUCUAGAAGCUGAAAAUGCACCCUGGAGGGGGGGGAUGAACUCAGAACUGGCUCCUCCCACCCUUAAUUGUUAGCACUUGAUCAAUAUAAUUGUCAAGUGAAAUUAUGAUAAUUCGGACAGCUUAGCUGAGCAAUUUAAAGUCGUGCCGUCAGCAGGCUGGAAGCACAAAGGAGUGACCCAAAACACCGUAUUUUUCGCUCUAUAAGAAGCACAUUUCCCCCUCCAAAAAUUAAGGGGAAAUGUGUGUGCGUCUUAUGGAGCGAAUGCAGGCUCCUUGGCUUCAGCGAUAGCAACGCGAAGCCUCCGAAGCGCAGUGGGAGCGCUCCCGCCGUGCUCCGGAGGCUUCGGGUUGCCUUCACUGAAGCCAAGAUACCUGCAUUCGCUCCAUAAGACUCUCCAGAUAGCCGCCUGAAGCCUCCGGAGCGUGGCGGGAGCUCCUGCUGCGCUCUGGAGGCUUUGGGUUGCCUUCACUGAAGCCUGGAGAGCAAGAAGGGUCAGUGCGCACUGACCCCUCUCACUCUCCAGGCUUCAAAGAUAGCUGCCUGAAGCCUCUGGAGCAUGGUGGGAGCUCCCGCCGCGCUCCGGAGGCUUCGGGUUCCUUUCGCUGAAGGGUAGGUGCCCCUUCAGCUAAGGCGCAGCGCCCCUUCAGCUAAGCAGGAGGAGAAAUGGAAGGGGCUCCGUUUCUCCUGCCGCUUCGCUGAAGGGGCGCUGCGCAGAGAGGGGGAGAUUUUUUUUUCUUGUUCUCCCCCUCUAAAACGAGGUGCGUCCUAUGAUCGGGUGCGUCCUAUAGAGCAAAAAAUAUGGUAGUUUCUGCCCUCUCCUCUGAUUUGCAGUUUCUCUUCCAAGGAUGGGUGCAAAGCCAUCUUCUGGGGCAAGCCUGGGCCCCAUUUCUUCAGCUUGUCCACAGGCUCAGUGUGUCACAAACGGACGGUUGAAGGAGCUGAGUAUGUUUACCCUGGAAAAGAGGGGACUGAGAGGAGAUAUGAUAGCCAUCUUCAAAUACCUUAAGGCAGGGGUCAGCAACCUUUUUCAGCCGGGGGCCAGUCCACCCUCCCUCAGACCAUGUGGUGGGCUGCACUACACAGUGGUACCUCUGGUUGCGAACGGAAUCCGUUCCAGAGACCUGUUCGCAACAUGAAAAGAGCGCAACCUGCAGUGGUGCGUCUGUACACGCCCUGGUUGUGAUUCGCCGCCUCUGCGCAUGACGUCAUUUUGUGCUUCUGCGCAUGUGCGAGCGGCAAAACCCAGAAGUAACCCUUUCCGGUACUUCCGGGUCGUCGCAUGACGUAACCUAAAAGAACGUAACAUGAAGCAAACAUAACAUGAGGUAUGACUGUAUUUUGAAAACAAAAAUGAACGGAUUCCUAUGCACCACAAAUAACCCAGAGAUGCAUUUUAAAUAAAAGGACACAUUCUACUCAUGGAAAAACACGCUGAUUCCUGAACCGUCUGCGGGCCAGAUUGAGAAGGCGAAUGGGCCGCGUCUGGGCCACAGGCCUUAGGUUGCCCACCCCUUGCCUUAAGGGCUGUCACGUGGAGAAGGGAGCAAGCUUGUUUUCUCCUGCUCUGGAGGGUAGAACGAAUGGCUUCAAGUUACAAGAAAGGAGACUGUGACUGAACAUUCAGAAAAACUUUCUGACAGUAAAGCCCUUUGACAGUGAAACGGACUCCCUCAGGAGGUGGACUCCUCUCCUUCCUUGGAGGUUUUUAAGCAGAGGCUGGAUGGCCAUCUGCCAUGGAUGCUUUCGCUGAGAUAGGAAAAAAGACUGGGCAAAAAGAUUCCUGCAAUACAGGGGGUUGGACUAGAUGACCCUCAUGUCCCUUCCAACUCUAAGAUGCUAUGAUUCUAUCCCUUUCUUGAGUGUUUUCCCCUGGCUGGAAUGUCUUCUUGAGCUGUGGAUGGAGAUGGUUGUGCGUGGAGGUGCACGUGCAGAAACUAGGCUACUGUACCAAGGUAAUCAAUGCAUUUGUUGCCCUACCCACUUUCGCCUGUGGCCCCCAUAACAUUACCCUGAAGGCUAUGUGGCCCUGCACAAGCUUCCCUAUCCUUAAUCAAAAUGUAUUUUCUCCCCACAAACCCUUUCCUUUAUCAGUUCCUUCCUUGGACUAGUUGGGGGCCCAGGAAUGCGCAUGCGCCAAAGGUGGCAGCAGCAGGGUGUGUUCUGAAUGGUCAGUGGCAGUCAGUUCUGCAGGCCUUUGCUCUCCAGCACUGCCAUAGGCCAAGCCAGAAGCAGACGGAGCUCUCUUCAGUUUCCCCCACUGUUUUGAUGUUCCCCAGCCAGCAGAUUUACAGUCCUCCUGUCUCAAGUUCAUUCAUUUUCUCCUCUUAUUUACCUUUCUGCACCACACGGUGUUUUCAGCAAAGAUCACAUUUCUGCCUCCGAGCAAAGCCUGGCAUGCCAAGAAGGAGCUGAUCCAUAAAUCUUUCCUUCCUUCCCCCUUUUAUUCCAUUAAGAGAUUUAGCUGAGGUUUCGGAGGGAGGUGUAGUGGGGUUUUUUGUCUUUGUUUUUGCCUGGGAGGAAAAAGUGUCCUGCCAUUGCGGGUGUUCAGACAGCGCAAUUAAUUAAAGCUUCAUUUUCCUGCUCGUCUCUGUCUCCCCAUUAUAACAUCUGCUGUGUCGAUCCAUGUCGCGGGGAUCGGGCAGGCGUGGAGAAAAAGGGAUUCCUUUGAGGCAUUGGAUCUUAAUUGAAACUUUUGAAAUGGGAUCUUGUUUGAAGGCCACGUAUAGAUAAUUGUGUCACGUCCAGCGGGCUUGAGGAGUUCAGUCAAAGCUUCCCAGCAGAUGUUUUUGGCUGACUUUAGCCUCGUGUGAUGGGAAGCAUGCGGGGUUUGGGAGCUUUCCAAAAGACUUGAAAGUCUUUUUUUUACCAUUUCUGCCUAUAAAAUGAGUCUCUCUCUCUGAAAUUCUGGACUGGGCCAUCUUCAAAGGGACUCAAGGGGCUUUGCAUGGCUACCCACCCACCUCAUUUUGGUGGGUUAGGGCUAUGACAAGGAUACCGUAGAGCAGGGGUAGGCAACCUAAGGCCCAGGGGCUGGAUGUGGCCCAAUUGCCUUCGCAAUCUGUCCCACUGAUUGUCCGGGAAUUAGCGUGUUUUUACAUGAGUGGAAUGUGUGCUUUUAUUUAAAAUGCAUCUCUGGGUUAUUUGUGGGGCAUGGGAAUUCGUUCAUUCCUCCCCCCCAAAAAAUAUAGUCCAGCCCACCACAUGGUCUGAACCGGCCCACGGCUGAAAAAUAUUGCUGACCCCCUGCUUUGGAGUCUGAAAAGGUUCAGCAAAGGGCAGUCAAAAUAAUCACAGGGUCUUCUAGUUUAGAAAAGAAAUGUGCAUAUGCAAUAGAAGUAUAUACAGUGGUAACUCGGGUUAAGAACUUAAUUUGUUCUGAAGGUCCGUUCUUAAUCUGAAACUGUUCUUAACCUGAAGCACCACUUUAGCUAAUGGGGUCUUCUGCUGCUGCGCCGCCAGAGCCCGAUUUCUGUUCCUAUCAAGAAGCAAAGUUCUUAACCUGAAGCACUAUUUCUGGGUUAGCGGAGUGUGUAACCUGAAGCGUAUGUAACCUGAAGCGUCUGUAACCCGAGGUACCACUGCAAUAUUAUGCAUGCCAUGGAGAAAGUAGAUAGAGAGAUGUUUUUCUCAUUCGCUCAUCAGCCUAGGAUACCAGGGUCAUCCAAUGAAACUGAGUGUCGGAAGUUUCAGAAUAGGCUUUUUUUUCUUGUUUUGCAAGAAUUCUUUUAAAUUAAUGUAGGGUCAAAGAUACAGAUGUGAAAGAACAUAAACAAAACCACAAACUACAGGAGCAGUGCAGAGAUUGUUCAUGCAAAUUAGUAGAGAUCAGGUGGUAUAGGAUGUGAGUUUUCAUCUGUUUUUAGUUUAUUGUUAUUUUAACUUUUGGAAAGUCUUAAAUUAUUGGCAAUUCACCUCACUGAUAAAAAAUUUUGGUAAACCACUUUUAGGGUUUUCUUUUCUUUUUUUUAACGAAUAAGCGGUGUAUAAUUUUAUACAUAAAUAAAUAACAUAUUAAAAAAAAGAAAAGCACAUUGCGAUACACAAAUUUUGCGAUUUGGCAUGGGGAGAGUUUUGCAUGUCCAAGUUUGACGUGUAAGAAAUAAAGUCCCGCCAAACAGAAACACAGAAUUUGCAAGUUAUUUUCCCUGCCCUAGCCAGAGUCUGCAUGGUUUUGUACCGCUGAAAAAUGUCUAGAUCCCGCCUUGUUUUCCAUUUUUGAGCUUUAGAGAUCCUUGCUGCAUCCAGGUAAAGAAUUCUUUGGAUCAGAAAGACAGGCUUUUUCACACAGGAAGUACUUUUCUUCUUCUUCCAUGCAUCCUGUAUUUAAACACUUGGAGUCAUUGGCACAGCUUGCAACAAUGGCCACCACCUUGAACGGCUUUAAAAGGGGAUUAGAGAAAUUCAUGGAAGGCCAUCAAUGGCUACUAGCCAUGCUGGCUAUGUAUUGCUUCCUCUGUUGGACACAGUAUGCCUCAGACAUAUCAGUUGUUGGGGAACACAAGGGAGGAGAGUGUUGUUCUGCUUGUGGGCUUCCCAAAGGCUUCCCAUGGAAACAAGAUGCUGGGCUAAACUGGGCCCCACUCUCUUAAAGCUCAUGACUGGCCCAGGAUCACCCAGUGCGCUUCAGGGCUGGGUGGGGGUCUAAAUCAUGUCCCAGCCCAGUGCUCCAACCACCAACAGCAUUAAAUAAAUGAUUUGCAAGUUUAAAUCUCACCCAGCCAUGGACUCACUAGGCAGCCUUUGGCAAGACAUCCUCUCUCCCCUGAAGCCUACCUUAAAGGGUUGUCGUUGUUGUUGCCACUGCUGAGAAUCUGGGACACAUAGGGAAAGUGCUUUCAGAGUCAAUGGGGCUCCCUUCCAAGUAACUGUUCUUAGAGAUUGGGGUGUCAGUAAAUGAAAUGGAGAUGGAGACGUAAAAUGACUUGUGAAAGGUCAUGGAGUGAGUCAGAACUCAGAAUAGAACUUGUGUCAUUUGAGUUUGCGGCCAACCUCUUAUCCGCUGGUCUCUGCUGAUUGUUUAGUUUUUGAGUUUUGUCUUCGUUUUUAAGAUUGUUUUUAAUGUGGGAAGCUUGUGUGAGCUUGCAGCGUUCAGGGGUGGAACGGUUUCAUUUUCUAUUUAUCCGUUCAAACUGUUUACAAUAAUAGGAAGCUGCUCUGCACUGAGUCAGACCGGUGGUCCGCCUGGGUCAGUCUUCCCUGACCAGUGGACCUCCAAGGUUAGGGUCUCUUUCCAAGUCCUGUCUGGAAAUGCCAGGACUUGAACCUGCAAAGCUUAUGCUCACUGUGUGGAGCCACAACCCUUUCCCUAAACAAAGCUAAGCCAGAACUGAGCCAGGAGCUUGCAGCCCCCCUCUCUACCAGCUGAGCCAUCAGCUCAAAGCAAUUCACAAUAUUCUUUUUUUAAAAAAUACAAUUUAAAAAAUCGCAGUAUAAAUGUGUCCAAAUAAAAACUGCAAAUUAAGCCACAAUCACAGAAGAUGACCUAGCUCAGCCAAAUGCCUGUCCUGGCUUGCACUACAUCAGUGUGGUGUAGUGGUUACAGUGUCAGAUUAGGACCUGAGAGACCCGGGUUCAAAUCCCCCACUUGGCCAUGAAGCUCACUGGGUGACCUUGGGCCAGUUGCCACCUCUCAGCCUAACCUACCUCACAGGGUUGUUGUGGGGAUUAAGUGAGGAGUGUGAGAACUAUGUAUUCUGCCUGGAGCUCCUUGGAGAAAAAGGUGGGAUAGAAAUGCAAUGGAAUAAAUAAAAUAAAAACAGAAAGUCCUUGCAACCCCUUUGAAAACCUAACAUGGAAGUAGCUUUCUUAGCCUCUUUUGAAUAGGAUGGUCAGUUUAAGCACAGCUUUUUAAAAAAAUUAGGAAAUGCCUGGCCCCAAAAUAAGACAAAUGAAGGGACAUAUAACAUUUGCACAUGCUGGUUUAUAUGUAGCAAUGUGAAUUCAGAAAUAAUUAUUAGAAUUUAAAUAGCAAUGCAAUAUGUCUCACCAUAGAGGAAAGAUGGCAAAGUGGCAAAGUGUCUUAAUUAACACACAAGCAAACUAAGCAGGAGACUCCAGCACAGAAAUGUUGUCCUAGCCUUAGAGCUUGGGAAUGUGGGUCUUUUUAAAAGAUUCAAUACACAUUUAGGAACAUAACCAGACUUGGUGCAGAUAUAUUGAUCUUUCCGAUUACCGUUCAUGGGUGCAGCAGGGAUUUCAAGAGCAGUGGAAGGAGACUUGUCCUGGGUCUCCAUUGCUGUUGAACCGCAGCCAUUGCUGACUGAAAUGGGAUGUUCUCAGGCUGGUCAGGAGGACGUGGCCAGCUGGCCCUUUACCUUGACACGAUCUCCCACCAAUUUCGGAAGCAGCACAGGAGCAUGUCAGGAGCAGAUGUCUGUCUCCUCGUUCACACAAAGAAGGGUGGUGAAGCGACAGCCACUUCAGUCUUGGCUCGAGAGACUUGGCAUAAUGCGUCCAAUUUUCACGCGUUCUGAUGGUGGCGCUUUUUAUAGAACUUCUUUUCGGGUACAUUUGAGCAAAGCAAGGAGCUCACACAUCCGUGAGUAAACACAGUGGUGAAGGCUAGAGAUGUUUGUGCAAAGCUGGGACAGAAGCUGAGCUUUUGAGCCUUGGGCUCCGUUUGCAGCUGUCAAACGCUGGCCAAAUAGUCUCAAGGCUGUCCAUGCCAAUAUGGUAACAAGUCCUGCUGAGCAUAGAGUUAUUUUCAACCAAACAGGCAUAGGGCAAUGUGCUGGGCCCGGGGGUAACCCAUGAAACAUGGUCCAGGGCCGGUCUAGGACCCGAGGGUUCUGCUAGGAGUCAGUCCAACAGGGCCAAGGCAGGACACAAGGCAGGAAACCAGGCAAGGACAGGUACAGGAUCUCUGGCAUACAACAAUGUUGCUUCUGCAACCUGGGUUGGGGUCCGACAGCCUUUUAUCUUUGUCGGCGAAUGGCCGGUCCUGAUCCCCCAGCGACUCACCUCCCUGUUUCGCCCAAAGGUGAGCACUCCUCCUGCGAGUACUCAGGUCUCUCCUUCUCUCAGACCUUAGUCUCUACAGCUCAGGAGGCGUCGGUGGGUUACUAGACCCAAAGGCCGCCUCAGCCUCCCCUGACCAAACCGGUAGUGGAGCAGCUGUAAGUGAUGGCCCAGCUGAAGGCAACGAGGUAAUCCCCACAUCUGGAGCCAGGGCAGGCUCAGGCCCCUGACUCGGCCCAGCUGGUGUUUUUGCAGGGGAACCUGCGCGGACUAGAACUCUUCAGGGUCAGGCCCCAGACUUGGUUCAGGUGAUGCCUGAGGCAAAGGAUCCGGUGCAGACUGAGUCUCCUCUGGUUCCGAGUCUGAGCCCGAGUCCCAGGCCAUCACAGGCAAUCAGCAGUGGCGUGUAGUCAGCCAGUGGACAUGGGAGACUAGGCUACUCCCCUAAAUGUUCCCGGUAAAUUAUAGCAUUGUAGUAUUAAAUCCUGGUGCCUCCAUCCCGAAACCCGUGAAGCUUCUGCCUGGCUUAGGGUGGGAGGCACAAAGCUCAUGCAUGCAACUUCAGGAUGUCCCCUCUUCCUGCCCAAUCGCCCUUGCUCUGAUUGGGCGGCUCUGAACCACGAUGAUUCAACCUCUCCUGCAAAGGCCCUAACUUGUGGUAUAACCCCUCUCCUUCUCUGAUGCUUGUUCCCCAGGCUCCCCUUCUCUGAGGGCCUAUCCUCUCAUCUCUGUCAUCACCAGGCAGCCCUCGGCCGUCUCCCACUUCAUCCCUGCCGCCGGCACUUCCCGCGUCCUCUCACCACACCCGACGCCGGGGAGCACCUGCUCAGAGACCCAGGCCAGCGAGACCCACGGGAGCAGCGAGUCGGAGGCGGAGCAGUCUGCCCCCCGCUUGAAGAAGCCUCGCCGCAGCCGCACCAUCUUCACAGAGCUGCAGCUCAUGGGGCUGGAGAAGAAGUUCCAGAAGCAGAAGUACCUCUCCACUCCAGACAGGUUGGUUGAGGGGGCUUUAACUCAGAACUGCUUUUUAUCGUGCUGUAGUAUUCUGAUUUCCAGGAGCUAACACUGAUAUAUAUAUAUAUAUAUAUAUAUAUAUAUAUAUAUAUAUAACUGAAACAGACAGUGGGUUGUCUCCAUUACUCAGAGGAGACCUGUUGAAAUUAACGAACGUGGACGAGACACAUAAAAACAUUCACACAUCUGGGAAGCCUGACCACUUGAAAAUCUUAAAUAUUCCCCCAUAUUUAUUUAGCAAUGAGCAAGUUAAAUGGAAAGGAAUCGCCCUUUUGUCCUACUGAUAAUUUGUAAAACCUAAAAAAACUUCUACACUGGCCAUCUGAAAACAAAACACAUUCUGUGUUUAAUCUGCCUAACUUGUAUGGAAGGUGUCACUCCUUUCAAUUAUAUCUUUCUAUUUACACAUGAAUAAACAAGAACCCAUUUGCUGCUGCACAAACCAGAGAGAGGACUAAUAAUAAUAAUAAUAAUAAUAAUAAUAAUAAUUUAUUUAUUUAUACCCCGCCCAUCUGGCUGAGUUUCCCCAGCCACUCUGGGUGGCUCCCAAUCAAGUGUUAAAAAACAAUACAGCAUUAAAUAUUUAAAAAUUCCCUAAAUAGGGCUGCCUUCAGAUGUCUUCUAAAAGUCAGAUAGUUGUUUCCUCUGUAUUCCUCUGAAAUCUGAUGGGAGGGAUUUCCACAGGGCGGGCACCACAACCGAGAAGGCCCUCUGCCUGGUUCCCUGUAACUUGGCUUCUCUCAGUGAGGGAACCGCCAGAAGGCCCUUGAAGCUGGACCUCAGUGUCCGGGCAGAACUAUGGGGGUGGAGACGCUCCUUCAGGUAUACUGGGCCGAGGCCAUUUAGGGCUUUAAAUGUCAGCACCAACACUUUGAAUUGUGCUCGGAAACAUACUGGGACCAACAGGCAGAUCCUUGCCAUUUUGAAUUCCUGCAAAUAUCCCCACUUCAAACCUCCACACUUUAGCCUCGCCGCAUCAUUUGCAGAAGCAAACUCUCUGCGGGCUUCCGUUUCUGGACAAACGUGUUUCUUGAGCUGGGUUUGGCGGCUGGGUCCUCCUCCCAGCCUCACCAGGAUGCUGGCUUGUGAUGUUCCUCUCAGCUGUUCAGGAGCUGAGAGCACAGCCGUGGUGCCUGGGCACGUGGAGAUGAGCUUGCUCCCAGUGGAGUGCUCGGUCACAUGGUCGGGUCAGAUUUCAAAGCACCCUUGCCUUAAAUAAAAAAGAAGAAGAUAAAAUCAAAGGAGACAUGAGUAGAUUGUAUCAGUGGAAAAUGCAUACCAGGGCUGUGGGAAUGCUUCAAACGCACACAUGCCAUCAUGAAUUGAUGUGCAGUGAUACUUAUGAAGAAGAGAGAAAAGGCUUCUUCCUUCCUUCCUUCCUGGUACCCCUUUGAAAGGCUGAUCCCUAUGUUUCCACUGAAAGAGAAGGGAUGCUGGUUCAAUCAGUAGGGAAAGGAAAUGUUGCUUAUUUUUAUAGGCCAGUAGGGAAAAGUCUAAGAUGGGAGCCUCUGCACCAAUUCAUCACAUUACUGAAGGUUUGGGGUAAUGAAGACUUUAAUUACCGUACUUUUCUGUGUAUAACACUAGGUUUUUUUCUUUUAAAAUUAUGUUAAGAAAAGGGGGGGGUCAUCUUAUACAUGGGGCAAUUUCCCCCUAUUUUCUUAAUUUGGGGUCCCCAGAAAUAGGGGGGGUCUUAUACACGGGGGCCUCUUAUAGACAGAAAAAUACGCUAUAUGUUUGUUUCAAAAGUAUUCAAUGAUUGCAUUGCUGAUCAGAAAUGCUAGGCAAAAAUUCUGGUUGCAGUUGCGCACGUUAAAUCUGAGUGAUGUGGAGAGCUUAAAAGCUCUUCAAAUGCCAGGUCCAUUUAAGAACAUAAGAAAAGCCUGCUGGACCAGGCCAAUGGCCCAUCUAGUCCAGAAUCCUGUUCUCACACUGGCCAACCAGAUGCCUCUGGGAAACCAGCAAGAAGAACAUGAGCACAAGAGCACUCUAGCCUCCUGUGUUUUCAGAUGCGUGGCUGCCUCUAGCUGCGGAGGUAGCCAUCAUGGCUAGUAGCCAUUGAUAGCCCCCUCCUCCACUUGGGGCUUCCCCAUGUCGAAAGUGGUUUUAAGCUCUCCACCUUGGCUGGAGGACAAGGUCCGCCCAGUGCGUCCACUCUAGGACACGCUUGCGAAUUACUUAGUUCUGGCACCCCCUGCUGUCAGGUUCCCUGGCUUCUGCCCUGCCAGCCCCCCUAUGGGCCAGCGUUAGAAACUGAGAUAUAAAAGCUAGGAGCUAAAUGGCACCUUAAACCUAAGUUAUAGGCUCAACAACAGAAUGUAUAGGUGCACUUUUUUAUAACAAGAAUACAAAGCUGAAAUGAAUGAACAGCUAAAAUAUUAUGUUCAUUUCCCACAUGAUUCUAGUCCUUCCCCUGCCCACCUCCCUGAUAUUCUUAAGAGGGUUUCUUCUCCAAUCUUCAGAGAGUAGCUGGAAGUGGGGAGACAGGAAAAAGGUCCUUCUUUCCUUCCACUCUGCAGUUUUAAUCUGAAAUCUUAGGCGCAGUACUGCGCCCAGAACUCAGAAACUGCUUGUGCAAAUGAAAUUCCCUGCCACAAAAUGCACCUAGAACAAUGGGAGGUAUAGGACACUGUCAUGGGCAUCAGCUGCCGCUGCCUGUAGAUCCACUGCCAUCACCGUACACCAAGGGCUCUUGCCCACAGUGUUCAGCACCAAGGGCUCCUUUGUCCCUCUCGUAAGGGGUCCUGAUUCCAUUCAAGGGUUUGGGUGGCUAGUGUGGUGCCAGCUCAGAACCUCGCAUGACUGGUUGGGCAACACCAUCAAUCACACACACGACUCUCUUGGCACUAAUAAGCCUUGGCAUCCUACGUGACUGAGCAUGAUGAGCCAGCGCAGCUCUGGCAACUCCUGCCCCUUCCCUCUCUCCCUCCCUCUUGUUUGUUGCUUUGGUUUCCUAGGCAGUGCCUGUUGUUUCUAAACAGGCGCAGCAACCAGUUUGCAAAGGGUUACAGGUAAUCUUGCCGCGAUGAGCCCCUGCCGCCAACCAGGUGCCUUUCCCGUGUGAAGAUUGAGAUUCAGUGAUGGCAAAACCUCCGCCAGGCUCCCAGCAUCACCUCCCAAAGAUGCAGCAGAUGUUGCUAUAUUUUCCUUUCCUGGUUGAAAAUUCAAGAUGCCCUUCCCUUGACGCUUCAAAAAAUGGCCACGCAUGCAUGUUUUUUCUCAAGAGACUCUCCUCCUCCUUGAAAACUAGUGGAUGGCCUGGCUGAUCACUUCUUCUGGAUGAGGAAUAAGGAAGGAUGCCAUCUUGAGCAUCACCUCGGGUAGCAACAGGUCUUGGGGCAACCCCAAUGCAUCCCGUUUGAUGCUAGAUGUUUUCAUGGCCUACUUGUGAAACUAGAAUCAUAGAACAGUAGAGUUGGAAGAGGAACGCCAACAGUUCUUUAGGCCAACCCUGUGCAAUGCUGGAAUUAUUACUAGUAGUUACUUAAAGGUAAAGGGACCCCUGACCAUUAGGUCCAGUCAUGACCGACUCUGGGGUUGCGGCGCUCAUCUUGCUUUAUUGGCCGAGGGAGCCGGCGUACAGCUUCCAUGACAUGUGGCCAGCAUGACUAAGCCACUUCUGGCGAACCAGAGCAGCGCACGGAAACGCCGUUUACCUUCCCUAUUUAUCUACUUGCACUUUGCUUAUGUGUUGCCAAAAAAGAGAAGUAGUCAUCGGCAUCAGAAAAGGGGGCAAAAGGAGUCACAGAUUUGCAUGAAACUUGCAAAAAGGUUAAUUUAUAUAUCUUAAUGUCAGUUCAGAGGUCACUGCUCUCAUGGAAAUGGAGAUGCAAUGUACCUCACCACUGUCAGGAAGACCAUAUGGCAAGGUGAGCAGUGUUCCUGCUCGGGUGGCCGUCCAACUUCAUGACUCCUUGCACUCCCUCCUUAUGGCUCUUUAUUUUUAAACUGGACUUUGGCCAGAAAGCCCUCCAAACAUAGGGCCACCCGCUACGAAGUGGAGCACAUGGUCACCCUAUUCCUCACACCAGUGUGCCCAGCGGCACACUGUUCAGGAGUCUUGCCAACGGCUUUGCCCUUGCCCUUGCUCCCUUUGAUGUGGGUCUUAAAGAAAGCCUGAAGAGAACCGUUGAAUGACGAGGCUCGCUAAUGGCAACAGAGGGCAGAUGGGCCUGAUAAGCAGCAACCUUGAUGGGCUCUGCCCUGCCGAUAAUAACACUCAGUGUUGCUAUAGCAAAGCUGAGUGUGCAAAACACUUUGUAGAGAGUUGAUCUCAGCGAUGAUUACAACAGCCCUGUAAGGCAGGUUAGCAUUAGAAUGAGUCGGUGCUGCUGAUUGUAGACGGAGCAUCAAAGCUAGUGGUUUUUCUGUGUCCAGGGCAGCUGUCUACCAGCUUCAUCUGGUUCGCAGGCUGAGACCCUAGCUACCUGAGGACUGUCUCGCAAGAAUGGUGCAUGCUCUGGUUAUCUCCCGCUUGGACUACUGCAAUGCGCUCUACGUGGGGCUACCUUUGAAGGUGACCCGGAAACUACAACUCAUCCAGAAUGCGGCAGAUAGACUGGGAGCAGCCGCCAAGAUCAUGUAACACCAGUCUUGAAAAACCUACAUUGGCCCCCAGUAUAUUUCCAAGCACAAUUCAAAGUGUUGGUGCUGACCUUUAAAGCUCUAAACAGCCUCAGCCCAGUAUACCUGAAGGAGCGUCUCCACCCCCAUCGUUCAGCCCGGACACUGAGGUCCAGCUCUGAGGGCUUUCUGGCAGUUCCCUCCUUGCAAGAAGUGAGGUUACAGGGAACCAGGCAGAGGGCCUUCUCGGUAGUGAUGCCUGCCCUGUGGAAUGCCCUCCCAUCAGAUGUCAAGGAAAUAAACAACUAUCUGACUUUUGGAAGACAUCUGAAGGCAGCCCUGUUUAGGGAAGUUUUUAAUGACUGUUUUAAUGUAUUUUUAAUAUUUUGUUGGAAGCCCCCCAGAGUGGCUGGGGAAACCUAGCCAGAUGGGUGGGGUAUAAAUAAUGUAUUAUUAUUAUUAUUAUUAUUAUUAUUAUUAUUAUUGAAAUGUUGGAGGGUACGAGGUUGCCCAUAUCUGGUGUAGACAUGAUACUGACCAAGCCAGAUGGCCCCAUGUUCCGACUUGCUAUAAGGUUUGCUGCUAUGUUUCCAGCUCCUUGAGAAACGGGUAACGAGUGGAAGAAGUAGGUCACCUGUUGUCCUUCUUUAAGCCAAGUCCUCUGGGCCUUUUGGGGCUGCAACCAACUGGUAAAACGAUUGCCAUGUGAACACAGCUAUUGGAACCCCACCGCAGAGAAAAGGACCUGGCAAAUUUCAGGGUGAUUCAGAGUCAUCUACCGUGCAGCCGGUGGUGUGUAUGAGACGUGACCGAGUGCAUCAAGCUUGGCUUAGGCUGCCCUCGCACCUUUUGUGUUUCUGGUUCACUGAUGCUAAUCAUGUCAGAGGCACAGCAAAGAUGUCAUGCCAGCAGGUCUCUUUCAGAUUUCUUUGUUCAGCAAGUUUCAUCCGAGGAGAUUAGUCUUUCACUUGGUCCUUAACCAACGGGCCUUACGUAAACACAGUGGUGCUUGGCUGUGUGUUUGUGUGUGCCCGCGCAGGGGACCUUCCCAUAUCUUAUCAAGGAAAUCUCAGGUGAAACCCAGUUUGAUCUGAAUGCUAUUGAGUUCUGAAUCCUUAGGAAGACGAGUUCCGUCUGGCUUUCCAGCCUUUGUGGAAAACCAGAGUAGCAAAUCCACCUUUGCACAAGAAGGUCAGUGAGAGGCUGGUAGAUUUAUUUAUCUAUUUAUUUCAUUUAUACCCCACAGUUUUCUCUCUCCAAGAAUCUCUGGAGGGUGCGCAUGGUUCUCCCCGCUAUUUAAUUCCCACAACAGCCCUGUGAGGUAGGUUAGGCUGAGGGGCAGUGACUGGCCCAAGGUGGGGAUUUGAAGCCUCGUCUGGUCCUAGUCUGACACGCUAACCACUAAUAAGAGGUCCUUCGAUGCUGGGCUCAUGGGCAACAUGGUACGCUCAGACACACACCCAGGUCUGAAAGGUUGGUGGCCUCUGUUUUAGCAUCACCAAACCCUUAACAUUGUUUUUGAACAUGCAUGAGACAGACCACAGGCCUGCAAAAUUGCGCAGCCUGAACUUGCAGGUGUUUACUUAAGUCUCUUCUUGGGACCGUCGCUUUAAGGAGCAAUGAAAGCAAUUUAACUGCCCAGUCCAAGGCAUGCUGACUCAGGGAGAAAUCCCACUGCGUUCAAUGGGGCUUCUUUCCAAGUUAGGACUUAUUCACACCUCUGUUUGUUUGCCCUGCCACUUCCCCCUGGCAAAAGCUGCAGCAAUGGGGUUUCCCACAGAUUGCCAUUUGUUCUGAUUUAGCGCCAAAGAGUGAGUUUUCCUGAGGAAAGCAGUGGGGCAAAGGCAAAACUGCUUGGACCAGAGCCUAGAAAGGCACGAGACAAGCAGAAAACUGCAUAAGACAAGCAGAAGUAUGGAUGAGCUCUUAGUGCACCGAUCAUCACUGGCUCCGUCUCUCUCCUAUAUAAGCCCCACAGGAAAUUACUGUGCAGGUGAUGCUGUUCAACCUGAAACAAUCAGUUAAGUUUGCAUUCCAGGACUUAUUACUGAUGGCUCUGUUGUGCUUCCAUGGCAUCAUGAUCUUAUUAUUCAUAACCAGGGCAGCCGGAGUGGUGGGGGCAGGGCGAGUCGUCCACGGGGGUGCCUAGGGGGGCACUGUGGCGAGCUGCCCACAGAGUCCGCCUGGCGGACGCAAGCCCCACACUGCCGUUUUGGGCAGCGUGGGGCCCCGAGCCACCGUGUCACUCCCAGGAGAGAUGUGUGCCUCGGGCGCACUGCAGGCCAGGCCCCCCGGUAAGUGCUGCCCCCCACGGUGUGCCAUUUUGUCACCCCCUCAGGGAUGACACCCGGGGCAGACUGCACCCCCACCCCCCCUUUCUAUGCCCCUGUUCAUAACAUAUCUCUCUGCUUUUCCCCUCUUCAUCAUUUUCUUUCUUAAGUCAUGGACCGUAUGAUAUCAGACAAACAAGUCAUUGCUCGUUUCUGCACCUCUCAAAUGUUUGCGUUGUUAUUUGCAACAAAUUAUUUAUUUGUGGGGGUGGGGGGAGAAACCAGUUAAUUACACCAAAGGGGGAAUUACAACUUCUCUUUAGCUUCCUUUAGUUGAUUUAUUUGGACAGGGCACGUUGUCAGUCGGUGAUGACUAUCUUCCCCUGGCUGUUAGUGUUCCUUGGUUUUCCCCUCCAGUGUCUGUACAACUUGUUCGCUUUCCGCAGGAUGUGAGCUAAUCAGAUCUUGGCCGUGGAUGGCGCGUCUUCCUUUUGUCGUUGAUUUGGAUUGAUUUGGAUCUCUUGUUUUCCAGGCUGGAUCUCGCUCAGUCCCUGGGCCUAACUCAACUUCAGGUGAAGACUUGGUACCAGAAUCGCAGGAUGAAGUGGAAGAAAAUGGUAGGUACUGUGGUAAACAGAGGCAUGAGUACAGGGUGUGUCCAAGGCAAAAAUGAAAUCAAAUGAAAAGGGGCAAAAGGUUUGUGUCUCCUUUUUUAAGAUCACAUUUUUAACGUAAAACUUAGUUGUUAUUUUUUUUUAAAAAACUUAGUUAAGUUGCAGUUUCUUUAGGCAGUGAGACUCAGCUCAAAGUAAACCCGCAUAGGAUUGAAGUGUAAGACUUCCUUAGUUGGGUGACAUCCCUAAAUGUGAUUUUCAUCCAAGAAUCCUCCUGCUUCUCUGACACUUGGGAUAAUAAAAUAAUAUUUUAUUAAUGCCUUUCAGCAUCAGAGUGGAUUGCCUCCUCUAUCAGUGUCUUAAGAUUUAUUUACUUCAGAACAUUUCUAGCCCCCUUUUCAAAAAUUAAAUUUAAUAAAUAAAAAGUUCUAAACGGUAAGACAAAAAUCUCUGAUGCUUUUUGUGCUAAUUGAGUACUGCAGAGCAAAAGAUGAAUCAGUGAAUUCAGUUGCAGAGUGCUGAUAGAAUACUAGACAAAAUGGGGAAACAAAAGCGAGGUAUCUUCAGGCCUGGAGGAAACCCCUAAAAACAACAGGAAAGAAAUCAGUAGGGUGGGAAACUCUAAAAACACCCUAUUGAGGACUGAGCAUGCUCAGUGGGCUUGGAAUGCUGACUGACUUUUGGGAGGAGGAAUGGAAAAGUAGGGGAUGGGAUGGAAUAUCCUGGGAGAGGGCAUGGCAGGCUGGACAGGGCACAGGAACUCUCCAUGCUGUAAGGUUUUAUUGUUAGUCCAACUUAACACUUAAAAAAAAAAAAGCCAUGAAAGUAGCAAUUAGACACUCAGCAUGUUGGGUUUUUUGUUCCAGGUUCUGAAAGGCGGGCAGGAGGCCCCCACAAAACCCAAAGGCCGCCCUAAGAAAAACUCCAUUCCCAGCUCCGAAGAGAUCGAAGCAGAGGAGAAGAUGAACAGCCAAGCUCACAAGCCGGCUUUGGAGGAAAGCCAGGCCACGAAAGAGUGUGGGUUGACCGGGGAGCCAUUGGAUGCCCCUUCAGAGACAGAGGAAUCUCCUAAAAACACAGCUGAAACCCCUCUGGGAGAAACUGCAUCAAGUUAAGAGAGAGGGAGAGAGAGAGAAAAAAAACUCCCCACACUUCCCAAAAGGACAAUGUACAAACUGGAGGCGUGCACACUUGGUGCCUUAUGAAAUCGAACAGUAUGGGUGGGUCGCUGUGGAGCAAAGAGACCCCGUGUAGGCAGCAGCGACAGUUUCCUUCUUUCCAAUGCAGUGUGUACACCCUCCCCACAGACAGUGGGGCCUGAGCUCUCCUCCCGAAGAGACUGCAUGCUUGCAAAUCUGAGACUUUGGAAAUGCACAGGGAGCUGGGAGGAAGAGGCUCCUUAGCGAACGGCUGCCAGAGAAAACUGUCCCUUUUCAUCUUCCCCCUUAUUAUCCUCAUCUGUGAAAUGGGUUCAGAGCAGUGACUGCCAAACAAAACAAAAGGUCCUUUGUUGUUGUUCCAACAUAGCAUUCUUCUGCAACCAGUGCUUAAUUGGGAACGGGCCAAAGCACAGGUGUUUUUAACAGGGGUGUUUGGGAAUCUGGGAUGUUUACGUUCCAGCACCACAAAGAUCGGAGGGGUGAGGGAAACGCAGGAGUAGAUGUCCAACUUCCUCAAGUCACUCUCUGACUUGGAGGGCUUGGCAGCAGCAGUGGCCCAUAGGGGCAAGACUGAAGUGGUGGCAGGGGGUGGGCAAGAGGCUGGGGCAGCGGCAAGAGUUGUGGAUGUAUUGGUUUGGUUCAUGGUGGAUGUGAAAGUUGCAUUGGCUGCGGCAGGGGCAAGCGGGUAGGCCUGCCUGUAGCCACCCAGAGCUCAGUGGUGGCAAUACAAACUUCUGGUGCACAUGGAAGGAAAAGUGGUAGCUCAGUGGUAGAGCAUCUGCUUUAAAGACAAAAGGCCCCGGGUUCGGUUCCUGGCAGCAUCUCCAGGUGGGGCUGGGAAGUUCCAUGCGUGAAGCUCUGGAGUGCCACAGCCAGUUAGCGUAGGAAAUCCUGAUCUCAAUGAAGCAAUAUUCGAACUCUCAGUAGAAGAGUUCCUUGUUGAUGUCAGAAGAGAAGGCAUAUCUAAGGUCGGCUUGCCAUGUUUCCAAAAGUGAAAAUCCAGACACAAAAGUUGUUGCGCUUUUCUUUUUUCUUUUCUUUUCUUUUUUUCUUUUUUGCCCAAAGUUGUUGAGCUAUUUUUUAGGAACAUCGCCAAAAAACCAACACUCUUGAUAUGGGCUGUCCCAGGUUUUCCCUGGACGUUUUUUCGAAAAUUCCGCCUGCAUGCCAUUUGUGACAGAUGAAUCCCGGCUAUGUCCGGGAAUUUUCAGAAGUAUGGCAGCCCUAAACUAAGGACUUCAGAAGAGUCUUUGCUGGAUCAGGCCCGUGGGCCAUCUAGCCCAGCACCCUGUACUCACAGUGGCCAACCUGGGACAGACCACAAUAACACUCUCUCAACAGCAGAGCCAUUAUGGCUAAUAGCCAUCAGUAGCCCUCUCCUCCUCCACGACUUUGUUGACCCUCUUCUAAAGCCAUCCAAGUUGGUGGCCAUCACUGCCUCCUGUGGGAGUGAGUAGUCAAGUCAAAGUUUAAUUGUUGUUGUGACCAUCUUGGUCGUUUCAUCCCCCAAAAGGAAAUAAAUAUUCUGUGCCUACUAUACAGAACAUGCAGAGAUACACCAUUAAAAUACAGGGACCACCAAUUUAUACAAAUAUACCUUGAAAUGGAGACCUACACAGAUACGUUUCUGUAUUACAGUGGUACCUCAGGUUACAUACGCUUCAGGUUACAGACACUGCUAACCCAGAAAUAGGACCUCGGGUUAAGAACUUUGCUUCAGGAUGAGAACAGAAAUUGUGCUCCAGUGGUGCGGCAGCAGUGGGAGGCCCCAUUAGCUAAAGUGGUGCUUCAGGUUAAGAACAGUUUCAGGUUAAGAAUGGACCUCCGGAACGAAUUAAGUACUUAACCUGAGGUACCACUGUACAUUGCUGAUCCAGUCCACUGCAUUGUCUUUGAGGAACGUUCUUCUCCUUUUUGGGGCUGCAGCCGCCAGACCUAGCAGAGGGAGUGGUUUAACUAUGUGCUGCGUGAAGAGGUGUUUUCUGUACCCCAGAAGCAUGCAUGCAUCAAGAUCAGGGCCACUACCAAAGAUCAGCAAUUCGGGGGACCUGCCAAGGCCUGGACCUCUUCUGGAGGCCCACAACCAAACCCUAGCCUGUUCCUUCUGCUCUCAGCUGCCUGUUCAUCUGCCUUCUGAGUGUAAAAGCAGUGAGGGAGGGAAGAAGGGUCUGUUUCCUCUACUUGGCAGUGGCUUGGUUUAGGCCAGAAGAGAAAGAACCAGCAAAUGUGCCUUGGUGACUCUGGCAAGUCGAGCUCAGUAUUGUUUACGCUGGGCAGCUGUGGCUCUCCAAGGUUUCAGGCAGAGGACUCUUCUAGAUCUACCUGGACCUCUCCUAGACCUACCAAGGAUCAAACCCAGCACCUUCUGAAUGCAAGGCAGCUGCUUUACCACUGAGCCAUGGAGCUGGGAGUUUGUGCAUUGAGAUUCAUAUGACUGCAGUGAAAGGAGGGGAAAGUGACCAGGGAACUACAGGAGGGCUGUCUGCUGGCCACCUGUUCUUUGAUAGAAUGCUGGAAGGAUGAUGGCAGGAAGUUUGGGGGAAGAAUCUGGAGCAGGUCUUGGGCUCAGUGGGGGUGCAACUGUUGCAUCUCCCUAAAGACAGUGGGGCAAUAAGUUGAGUUUAAGUUGCCAUAACUGAGGGUUGAUUCACACUGUUUCACGCUUGAUCAUUGAGCCUGGUCUACAUCAGGAAUGGAGAAUCAAGCUAUGUGCACACCAUGCCAUUAAAGUUCUCCCCCCCCCGCCCAAAAAAUCCUGGGAACUGUAGUACACCUCCCACGGAGCUAUAAUUCCCAACAUCCUUAAGAAACUACAGUUUCCAGGAUUCUUUGGGGGGAGGGGAACCCAUGGCUGUUAAGAUUUACAUGUGGGAGGUGGGUGUGACCUGCCCCCUCCCCAGAGUGGUUUUAACAAUUUGCUCCUUUUUCCUCAGGGAACUCUGGGAAUUGUAGUUCUGUAAGGGGGAUGGGGGAACCUCCUAACAACUCUCAGCACCUUUGAGAAACUACCAUCCCCAAGAUUUUUUUGGGGGAAGCCAUGUAGUUUAGGUGGGGCCUGGGUUCCGAUCCACGCAUUGGUCCAGGAGAUGCAGAUAAAAUCAGUUUGCAUUGAAAUUUGCAAAGACCAUUUCCCUCAGUUAUCUGCAGUCUAUUUCUGUGGCAGAAUGAGGCAGGUCAGACAUGCUCAGAAAGGAUUUAAAAGUGCAAUCCUAUAGAUUUUGCAUUAGAAGUAGAACCCCGCUGAGGUGAAUGGUACUUACUCUUCAGUAGGUGGGUAUAGGAAUACACCCCAAAUUUAACUAAUUUAGCCAAUUGAUUGACUCACCCACAAAAAUCUAAACAUGUUUAGUCAGCAGUAAACUACAUUGAGUUCAAUGGGAUUCACUUGCUGAUGAGAAAGGGUUGCAACUUGAGACAGGCGAAUCAAUCAACGUCACUUCCCACUUUUCCAAUCUGACAUUCAGUUCUCGACAUUUUCACAUCAGUCCGCAAUUUUAUUUAUUUUUUAAAAAGUCCUUAUGAAAAUUCAUCAGCACCUUAGCAUAGAUUUCUCUAACAUAUGCAUGCUUCUGCAUGCAGUUUUGCCUAAUACACACCAGCAGCUGUGCAUUAGAAAGCAACUUUGCAUGCUGUUUCCACCAACGUAUGCAUUUUUAUGCACUUCUUACCUUAGUGUGGACGCGGGUGGUGCUGUGGGUUAAACCACAGAGCCUAGGACUUGCUGAACAGAAGGUCGGCAGUUUGAAUCCCCACGAUGGGGUGAGCUCCCGUUGCUCAGUCCCUGCUCCUGCCAACCUAGCAGUUCGAAAGUAUGUCAAAGUGCAAGUAGAUAAAUAGGUACCGCUCUGGCUGGAAGGUAAAUGGUGUUUCCGUGCGCUGCUCUGGUUCGCCAGAAGCGGCUUAGUCAUGCUGGCCACAUGACCCGGAAGCUCUACGCCGGCUCCCUCGGCCAAUAAAGCGAGAUGAGCGCCGCAACCCCAGAGUCGGUCACAACUGGACCCAAUGGUCAGGGGUCCCUUUACCUUUACCUUAGUGUACACAUGUACAUUUAGAGAACUGGAUUGCAAAAUUCAGAAAAGUGUUGAAUUUAGAGGAUGAGUGCCUUUUUGUCCGUGUAUCAUUUUGAGAAGCGUGCAUUUAAUAAGAGCUGCCUUUAAACGCAGACUGAAUCAAAUUUAUCCUUCACCCCUCUUUGUGGACCUAAAUGUUGCAGCAUCAGUAUUUAAAGACCAGUCUUUUUUUUCCAACUGAAGUUCCCAGAAAUAAGGUGUGAACUGAUUCUUAGCUCGAGCCCUUUAUGAAGCCUAUAUCAACCCAAGGAGAUUUCCGAUGUCUACAGCAACACCAGUGUUUUUAGAGCUUUUGCAGAUUUGGAUACAUUGGUCUCUAGAUUUAUAUGGCACUUACUGUAGGAGCACUGAAAUAUCUGGGGGUGGCGGGGAGGAGAGCGAGCCACGGAAUUCAGAAGAAAACUUUGCAGGAGGAGCGUCGCAUUUAUUUUCCAGCCCCGUGUGCCAAGAUUAGAUAAGCAUCGUGUUUCCUAUAGUCUUGUUCGAGGGUGCAUUUUUGCCCAAAGGCUGCAAAGAGAUGUAUCAAGAUAACCUUUAUUUUUUAAUUAAAAAUAAAAUAUAUAAAUAAAGGAAUUGAGCGGAA